AUGAAAGAGCAGUGUAAGCUUCAUCCAUGUUGAGAUAUGCGCAUCACACUGAUUGGUGUCCAUGUUUAUGGUGCUCUUUGGGUACACUGGCGGCCAUAUUGGCUGUACCAUUUGGAUCAACUCAAAUUCUAUGGUCUUGACUCCUGACCCUCCCUGUGUUCUUCUUUCCCACCCCAGGUAGAGCCAGCCUGCAUGGGAAGGCGUCUCUUCAGAUCAACCCAGUGCGCUCAGAGGACCAGGGCUGGUAUGAGUGUAGGGUCCUGAUGCUGGAGCAGCAGUACAAUACCUUCCACAAUGGCAGCUGGGUCCAGCUCACAGUCAAUGGUGAGUCACUGGCUGCGUCCCAAAUGGCACCCUAUUCCCUAUGUAGUGCACAACUUUGACCAGGGCUCAUAUGGCUCUGGUCAAAAGUAGUGCACUAUAUAGGGAAUAGGGUGCCAUUUGUUUCACUUCACUGUCACUUUACUGUCAGCACCAACAGAUUGGAGUGUGGUUUGGGAUUGGGACCCAAUAUGGAGAAUGUGAUUCUACAAUGUAAUCUCGUCAGAUGUGUGUGCUCGAGUGAUUCAUGACAAUGUUCACCUCAUAGCUUGCUAACAUUCCAUGCCUCCACGGUUUUCAUUGGUCAGCCUCAGAUAGCUGUACUGUAGCUAACUACAUUCUGAAGAUUUUGUCAGAACAUUCCUUCUCUCUGAUUCACCAUUCAGAUACAGUGGAGGUGACAAUGACUGGUCUGUCUGACAUUUCAGAUUUACUGUGUGUGUGCUGAUUUGCUUUAUCACUUGGGUGAUGUUUGGCUUUUUAGUGAUUCUAUGUGGUACUGUACAAUCAUUUGUCCCCCCAAAUAAUUGUUUUCCCUGUAGUCACUUUGUCUUUGUUUAUUCUGAGAUGCCAAAGCUCUGAUGAGUGGCAAUUAGGUAUUAUUUUAGAUAAUGCCUUUUCAGGAACAUCACACAGACAGACACAUUUCAGAUUGCCUUGGGGAUAAAGGGAUGAGAGACUAGGAAGAAGGAGAAUUGAUUGUGGCCUGUUUAACACAGUUCCGGCAGGGAAUGUCUAGGAUAGUCUGGAAGCAAUCAAACUGAUGACCAGACGGGGAAAGAAUCUGCAUGUUUGCACUUCCCAGGAAGGCCCCAGUGGGUUAGCGGCUAGCUGCUUCUAGCUAUGUUAUGUGUUCCAGUACAUUGUUCAAGACCAGAACCAUUUACAGAGCUGGGCCAACUUUUAGAAGGUUGAGUAUUGUUCUAAUUCUAGACAUUCAGUUACAUAGCAUUAUUUAAAUAUUCUCCAUGUAAUGUUAAUGGGUCGCUAACAUGGCUGUCAUAGUAUGUUGAAGUAUCAUGCAGAAACCUCAAUGGCCCAACUCUCUAAAUGCAUGGCUCUGUUCAAGACCAUCUCGAGUCAAGUUACAAUGAUGCCCAUGAUCUUUACUAUUUUAUCUUCUGAAAACCAAAUCGGUUUUAUAUUCGUAUUUUCUGAUGGGUUUCUGAUUUUAUUCAUUUUGUCAGAUGUUAUAAUAGACAAUAAAAAAUAUUUGUCUCUGAGAAAUGUAAUAUAAUUUAAUUGCACGUUGCCGUAUUCAAUUCGGUUUGCAGGGCCGCAGAUGCUAAAGUGUAGCUGCAGCAUAUCUGUCCAUUCCAAUUAUUUUGGUCUCUCUGCUGGUGUUAUUGAGAUACAAUACAUCUCCCAUUUGGCCGUCCUCCGGCUGGAUAGCGGUGGAUAGUUAUUUCUCCAUACGAUGCAGGCAUUUGGAAAUAAUGGGUUCGACUAAAUGCAGUCGUCUCGUUAGAGUCAUGUUUUAACAUUAAACAGUGUUUUUUCCCCUCCAGAUAGACACCUCACAAGGACUGAAGAUAUUAUUAGUGUGACAUUUUGCAGUUUAUACCGUCAGAUUCACACACUCAAAAGGUAUUUUGGGUUUGAAUUUAUGCUCACUGUCUGUGUUAGGCUCAUGCAUAUUCUCAUCAUGAACUUCCUAAUCUGUAACUGAUUGUAUAUGCAUAUAGAGUUUACUUGACAUUGGAUGAGGUUCAACAUCUGUUCACUGUAAAUAUAAUGGUCACUAUGAAACUGAAAAGCUAGAGAUUAAGAAGAUGGAGACUACCAAUGUGUCCGUGUGUGCAAGCAUGCAUCUACACACUGUGUAAUUGUGUGUGAGAGCAUUUGCAUGUGUGUAAUUGUCUCAGUAUUUCAACGGUUCAGUGUGCGCGUGUUUAUGCACGUGUGUGUAAUGGUGUGUGUGCAUUUGGCUGUGGCUAAAUAAAUUCCCUAUCUGCUGAGUUACACUCACGGUUGCCCUGCCAGGGAAUGUCACCUGCGCAGCCUCUAGGGGGGCGGGAGGGAGUGUGUGAACAUCUGUGUGUGUUUGGUUUGAAUGGCUUCCUGUGCAAGCGGGCACACUGCACACUGCGUCUCUAUGGCCGGCCUCGUCAGUGUUCACGCUCAACUCACUCGCUUACUCACUCACUCGCCUAUGCUCUCCCCCUCCCCUACUGCCAGACCUUUACACAAUCACUGAGUUGUCUGGAUAAUGUGUUUGAUGUGUCAUAAUCCUGUGUGUUGGAAAUCGUUUUUGGUGUUUGAGUUCAAAUAAAACAAGUCUAAAAUAUUUUGUUUGUCCAUACCUUGUUUACGGCAGUGUAAUGGCAAAGGUGCAGAGCAGAAGGCUAUUGCCUUGUUUUCCCAAUCGGGGACUGUUGGGGAUGAACCUGAAACCAAGCUCUCAUGUCUACUGAAAGAGCCAGAGCAAAAUGGCUGGCAGUGUUUGUGCUUGUUUUGAGACAUCUGUGUGUUGAAUUGACAUUCAGAGGCCUCAUCAUGGCUGGAUGUCCUCUCAAAGGGUCUCUGUUGGGAAGGCAGGUGCUCUUCUGGCCAGGCUUCAUCACAGAUACUAAAGGCAGCCAUUUCCUGUGGCCAGUGGAAUCUACAUAUGAUACACUCCCUGCUUUGAGUUCCUGUUUGCUGCCCUCUACUUCCUGCCAAACGGAGAGAGGAUUCAUGCCCACUCAGUGGCAGGUGUCAGAUGGCAAGACCUUGUGCCCGAAAGACAGAGAGUUCACUGUGGUGCCUCUCCUCUCCUCUCCUCUCCUCUCCUCUCCUCUCCUCUCCUCUCCUCUCCUCUCCUCUCCUCUCCUCUCCUCUCCUCUCCUCUCCUCUCCUCUCCUCUCCUCUCCUCUCCUCUCCUCUCCUCUCUUCUUAAUUUAGUAUCAGUUAACAGUAUGCUAAUAAAUCAGCAGCUUUUGGAUAGUGUGAGAGAAUACGUAAGUGAGAGAAACAGUGAUAGUGAGAAAUUGUGUGUGUCAGCUCACACAGCUGCAGUAACUUCAGAGACAAAUAGUCUUAAGAGGAUCUCUUGGUGCCUUGAGGGCAAAUGGUUGUUGGGUUGCGGAUGGAAAGUAGAGUACAGUAAACAGUAAAGGGCUAAAUAUAUGCUGCAAUUCGAUAAAAAUGCAUGAUGAUCCUUUCGUGCUGUAAGUAGUAGUCCUCAGGGAAAAAACACUCUCUCUCCCACUCUGGCUGGCUCUGUGCUGUAAAUGUUCAUUUUGUCUGAAAUCUGCUCAUAAAGGGAAAUCAAAGAAAAACUGUGUAAAAAACUGUGCAGUCUUCCAGGGAGCAGGAGAAAGAGAGAUGGCGAGAAUGAGGGAGAAAGAGAGGAAGGCAGAGAAUCAGAGUGAGGAGGAGAGAAGGAGAUAGAAGGAGAGAUGUCAGGGAGCAGGUAUGGAGCUCUAAGGAGGCCAUCUGCUCGUGUAGAAAGGUCUACAGAGGGGAGUGGUGUGAAUACAGAAGCAACUGAAUCCAGGAAUAAAGGAGACAAGAAAAUUAGGAAAGUAGGGCGAGAAUGUGAUGCUCAACUUGGCUUUUUGUAGAAGCCCCCACUUGGUGACACUUACAUACUGAUGUGUUGUACUUGAUAAUGGGCGGAAAGACCUCCCCUGUCGCCCAAUCCGCUCACUGUAAAUACCACCUCCUGUUUUCCACCUACUUAGUGUAAAUUAAUGUUAGGUAAUCUAAACCACAUUAUAGAUGUGAAUCAAGGAAAAUAAUCUACACCACAGUCCACAAUAUGGUUACCCAUAAAGCACACUUGCAUUGUAAUCACUACAAAAACCAUAGGUGGUUGCUUAAUGUGCAGAAAGGAAUAUACUGUAGUAACGUUACAGAACGAUAAUACCCAAAGAAGUCAUUGAGAGAAUGCCUAGAACAGCUGUUAAAUAGAUUGAAUGGGAUCUUAAGCACAUUCUUAACAUAUCAUACGAUCCAGCAGGACGUAACAUAUCAUACGAAAUUUAAAAUGGAAAUGGAUGAUGUUUCGGGGACCCGUUUUGGCACAUGAGCGCUACUUUCAAAACUACUGGCUGAAAGUUCCUUAAUGGUAGUAUCCGGUAGUCUCUAUACAGGAGUAUUGUGCAGUGAGGGGCCAGGAUGGAGAGGCAGAUCUCUAGAGAUGCUAAUUGGUGUGUUUGUUUACUCCACACCAGGUGUGUGUUAGGUUAGAAGUGAAGACAAGACUCCCAUCGGCUAGCCAUGACCCACUUGGGUAGAGAGAGUGUGAUCCUCUCUUCAGCUAAAUUCAGUUCAGUUCAAGUUUUAUUGUCACGUGGACAAGUACAGUGAAAUGUUUAACUUGCGAGCUCUACCCAACAGUGCAGUAAUCAAAAUCAAAAAUAAUGUAGACUGGAAUAUGUUCCGGGAUUCUUCCGAUGGCAUUGAGGAGUACACCACAUCAGUCACUGGCUUCAUCAAUAAGUGCAUUGACGACGUCGUCCCCACAGUGACCGUAUGUACAUACCCCAACCAGAAGCCAUGGAUUACAGGCAACAUCUGCACUGAGCUAAAUGGUAGAGCUGCCGCUUUCAAGGAGCGGGACUCUAACCUGGACGCUUAUAAGAAAUCCCGCUAUGCCCUCUGACGAACCAUCAAACAGGCAAAGCGUCAAUACAGGACUAAGAUUGAAUCGUACUACAAAGGCCCCGACGCUCGUCGGAUGUGGCAGGGCUUGCAAACUAAUACAGACUACAACGGGAAGCACAGCCGCGAGCUGCCCAGUGACACGAGCCUACCAGACGAGCUAAAUUACUUCUAUGCUCGCUUCGAGGCAAGCAACACUGAAGCAUGCAUGAGAGCAUCAGCUGUUCUGGAUGACUGUGUGAUCACGCUCUCUGUAGCUGAUGUGAGUAAGAUCUUUAAACAGGUCAACAUUAACAAGGCCACAGGGCCAGACAGAUUACCAGGACGUGACUGUCUUCACUGACAUUUUCAACCUGUCCCUGACUGAGUCUGUAAUACCAACAUGUUUCAAGCAGACCACCAUAGUCCCUGUGCCCAAGAACACUAAUUUAACCUGCCUAAAUGACUACCGACCUGUAGCACUCACGUCUGUAGCCAUGAAGUGCUUUGAAAGGCUGGUCAUGGCUCACAUCAACACCAUUAUCCCAGAAACCCUAGACCCACUCCAAUUUGCAUACCGCCCCAACAGAUCCACAGAUGAUGCAAUCUCUAUUGCACUCCACACUGCCCUUUCCCACCUGGACAAGAGGAACACCUACGUGAGAAUGCUAUUCAUUGACUACAGCUCAGCAUUCAACACCAUAGUGCCCUCAAAGCUCAUCACUAAGCUAAGGAUCCUGGGACUAAACACCUCCCUCUGCAACUGGAUCCUGGACUUCCUGACGGGCCGCCCCCAGGUGGUAAGGGUAGGUAACAACACAUCUGCCACGCUGAUCCUCAACACGGGGGCGGCAGGUAGCUUAGUGGUUAAGAGCGUUGUGCCAGUAACCGAAAGGUCGCUGGUUCUAAUCCCCGAGCCGACUAGGUGAAAAAUCUAAUUGCUCCUGUAAGUCGCUCUGGAUAAGAGCGUCUGCUAAAUGACAAAAACAAAAAACAAAAAAAACACGGGGGCCCCUCAGGGGUGCGUGCUCAGUCCCCUCCUGUACUCCCUGUUCACCCAUGACUGCAUGGCCAGGCACGACUCCAACACCAUCAUUAAGUUUGCCGACGACACAACAGUGGUAGGCCUGAUCACCGACAACGAUGAGACAGCCUAUAGGGAGGAGGUCAGAGACCUGGCCGUGUGGUGACAGGAUAACAACCUCUCCCUCAAUGUGAUCAAGACAAAGAAGAUGAUUGUGGACUACAGGAAAAAGAAGAGGACCGAGCACGCCCCCAUUCUCAUCGACGGUGCUGUAGUGGAGCAGGUUGAGAGCUUCAAGUUCCUUGGUGUCCACAUCUCCAACAAACUAUCAUGGUCCAAACACAACAAGAUAGGCGUGAUGUGGGCACGACAAAGCCUAUUCCCCCUCAGGAGACUGAAAAUAUUUGGCAUGGGUCCUCAGAUCCUCAAAAAGUUCUACAGCUGCACCAUAGAGAGCAUCCUGACUGGUUGCAUCACUGCCUGGUAUGGCAACUGCUCGGCGUCCGACUGAAAGGCACCACAGAGGGUAGUGUGUACAGCACAGUACAUCACUGGGGCCAAGCUUCCUGCCAUCCAGGACCUCUAUACCAGGCGGUGUCAGAGGAAGGUGCAAAAAAUUGUCAAAUACUCCAGCCACCCUAGUCAUAGACUGUUCUCUCUGCUACCGCAUGGCAAAAGGCUUCUUAACAGCUUCUACCCCCAAUCCAUAAGACUCCUGAACAGCUAAUCAAAUGGCUACCCGGACUAUUUGCAUUGUCCCCCCCACCCCCUCUUUUACGCUCCUGCUACUCUCUGUUUAUUAUCAAUGCAUAGUCACUUUAACUCUACCUACAUGUACAUAUUACCUCAAUUACCUCGACUAACCUGUGUCCCCUCACAUUGACUCUGUACCGGUACCCCCUGUAUAUAGCCUCGCUACAGUUAUUUUACUGCUGCUCUUUAAUAAUUUUUUACUUAUUUAUUUUUUACUUAACACUUAUUUUUCAUAAAACUGUGUUGUUGGUUAAGGGCUUGUAAGUAAACAUUUCACUGUAAGGUCUACACCUGUUGUAUUCGGCGCAUGUAACAAAUCAAAUUUGAUUUGAUUUGAAAUUAAAAAAUUGAAUAUAUACUGUAUACAGUAAAGAAAACACAAGAAAUGGAAGCUAUAUACAGGGUCAGUGCCAAUACCAAAUGUACAAUGUGCAGGGAUACUGGAGUAAUUGGAUGGUCCAGACAGCCCCAUGCUAGGCCCUCUCUUACUGCUGCCGGACCACAGCAGAACAAGGCACCAGCACACACACAGUCCCACACACACACAGUCCCACAGCCCGCAGACACGCAGGCAGGCACGCACAUACACACACACACACAUAGAGUGUGGGAAAAAGGUAUUUGAUCCCCUGCUGAUUUUGUACGUUUGCCCACUGACAAAGAAAUGAUCAGUCUAUAAUUCUAAUGGUAGGUUUAUUUGAACAGGGCACCAGCACACACACACACGUCAAAAAAUGUUAUAAAUUUAUUUGGAUUUUAAUGAGGGAAAUAAGUAUUUGACCCCCUCUCAAUCAGAAAGAUUUCUGGCUCCCAGGUGUCUUUUAUACAGGUAACGAGCUGAUAUUAGGCGCACACUCUUAAAGGGAGUGUUCCUAAUCUCAGUUUGUUACCUGUAUAAAAGACACCUGUCCACAGAAGCAAUCAAUCAAUCAGAUUCCAAACUCUCCACCAUGGCCAAGAACAAAGAGCUCUCCAAGGAUGUCAGGGACAAGAUUGUAGAUCUACACAAGGCUGGAAUGGGCUACAAGACCAUCGCCAAGCAGCUUGGUGAGAAGGUGACAACAGUUGGUGCGAUUAUUCGCAAAUGGAAGAAACACAAAAUAACUGUCAAUCUCCUUCGGCCUGGGGCUCCAUGCAAGAUCUCACCUCGUGGAGUUGCAAUGAUCAUGAGAACGGUGAGGAAUCAGCCCAGAACUACACGGGAGGAUCUUGUCAAUGAUCUCAAGGCAGCUGGGACCAUAGUCACCAAGAAAACAAUUGGUAACACACUACGCCAUGAAGGACUGAAAUCCUGCAGCGCCUGUAAGGUCCCCCUGCUCAAGAAAGCACAUAUACAGGCCCGUCUGAAGUUUGCCAAUGAACAUCUGAAUGAUUCAGAGGAGAACUGGGUGAAAGUGUUGUGGUCAGAUGAGACCAAAAUGGAGCUCUUUGGCAUCAACUCAACUCGCCGUGUUUGGAGGAGGAGGAAUGAUGCCUAUGACCCCAAGAACACCAUCCCCACCGUCAAACAUGGAGGUGGAAACAUUAUGCUUUGGGGGUGUUUUUCUGCUAAGGGGACAGGACAACUUCACCGCAUCAAAGGGACGAUGGACCGUCAAAUCUUGGGUGACAACCUCCUUCCCUCAGCCAGGGCAUUGAAAAUGGGUUGUGGAUGGGCAUGACAAUGACCCAAAACACACGGCCAACGCAACAAAGGAGUGGCUCAAGAAGAAGCACAUUAAGGUCCUGGAGUGGCCUAGCCAGUCUCCAGACCUUAAUCCCAUAGAAAAUCUGUGGCGGGAGCUGAAGGUUCGAGUUGCCAAACGUCAGGCUCGAAACCUUAAUGACUUGGAGAAGAUCUGCAAAGAGGAGUGGGACAAAAUCCCUCCUGAGAUGUGUGCAAACCUGGUGGCCAACUACAAAAAACGUCUGACCUCUGUGAUUGCCAACAAGGGUUUUGCCACCAAGUACUAAAUCAUGUUUUGCAGAGGGUCAAAUACCUAUUUCCCUCAUUAAAAUGCAAAUCAAUUUAUAACAUUUUUGACAUGCGUUUUUCUGGAUUUUGUUGUUGUUAUUCUGUCUCUCACUGUUCAAAUAAACCUACCAUUAAAAUUAUAGACUAAUCAUGUCUUUGUCAGUGGGCAAACGUACAAAAUCAGCAGGGGAUCAAAUACUUUUUUCCCUCACUGUACAUGUAGGCGGGGGAUUAGGAGAAAGUGACUGGUAGCAAGUUAAAUAAUAAUACUAAUAGUAAACAGUAUGGCAGCAGCAUACGUGGUGGGUGUGUGCGUGGUGUUGAGAGUGUGUGUGUAUGUAAGUGUAAGUGUUUGGCUGUUAGUGUGUGUGUGUGUGUGUGUGUGUGUGUGUGUGUGUGUGUGUGUGUGUGUGUGUGUGUGUGUGUGUGUGUGUGUGUGUGUGUGUGUGUGUGUGUGUGUGUGUGUGUGUGUGUGUGUGUGUGUGUGUGAGAGAGUGUCACUGUAGGUGUGAUAGGCGGAUAUACUUGUAAACAGGGAUGAAAAGUGACUGUUAGCAGGAAUAUAUAAAUACUUAUGGUAAUAACUAGUGGUAAUAUAUAUUUUAUAUAUAUACAGUGGGGAAAAAAAGUAUUUAGUCAGCCACCAAUUGUGCAAGUUCUCCCACUUAAAAAGAUGAGAGAGGCCUGUAAUUUUCAUCAUAGGUACACGUCAACUAUGACAGACAAAAUUAGAUUUUUUUUUCCAGAAAAUCACAUUGUAGUAUUUUUAAUGAAUUUAUUUGCAAAUUAUGGUGGAAAAUAAGUAUUUGGUCAAUAACAAAAGUUUCUCAAUACUUUGUUAUAUACCCUUUGUUGGCAAUGCCACAGGUCAAACGUUUUCUGUAAGUCUUCACAAGGUUUUCACACACUGUUGCCGGGUGGUCCUCUGUAGCUCAGCUGGUAGAGCACGGCGCUUGUAACGCCAAGGUAGUGGGUUCGAUCCCCGGGACCACCCAUACACAAAAAUGUAUGCACGCAUGACUGUAAGUCGCUUUGGAUAAAAGCGUCUGCUAAAUGGCAUAUUAUUAUUAUUAUUAUUUUGGCCCAUUCCUCCAUGCAGAUCUCCUCUAGAGCAGAGAUGUUUUGGGGCUGUCGCUGGGCAACACGGACUUUCAACUCCCUCCAAAGAUUUUCUAUGGGGUUGAGAUCUGGAGACUGGCUAGGCCACUCCAGGACCUUGAAAUGCUUCUUACGAAGCCACUCCUUUGUUGCCCGGGCGGUGUGUUUGGGAUCAUUGUCAUGCUGAAAGACCCAGCCACGUUUUAUCUUCAAUGCCCUUGUUGAAGGAAGGAGGUUUUCACUCAAAAUCUCACGAUACAUGGCCCCAUUCAUUCUUUCCUUUACACGGAUCAGUCGUCCUGGUCCCUUUGCAGAAAAACAGCCCCAAAGCAUGAUGUUUCCACCCCCAUGCUUCACAGUAGGUAUGGUGUUCUUUGGAUGCAACUCAGCAUUCUUUGUCCUCCAAACACGACGAGUUGAGUUUUUACCAAAAAGUUAUAUUUUGGUUUCAUCUGACCAUAUGACAUUCUCCCAAUCCUCUUCUGUGUCACGAUCGUCUAAUGAGGGAGACCAAAGCGCAGCGCGUUGAGCGAACAUGACUUUAUUAAAUUAAAGUACUCACUACAAAAAAACAACAAACAAUGACGAAUCGUGAAGUCCUCAGUUACAAUGACUGACAAGGAACAAAAACCCACAACACUAAGGUGAACACUGACAGUUUAAAUAUGGCUCCCAAUCAGAGAUAACGAGCCGACAGCUGACACUCGUUACCACUGAUUGGGAGUCACACGACCAAACAAGGAAACCCAACCAAAUACAACACAACCAAUACCAAACACAACCAAAUGAACACACCCUGGCUCAAAAUACACAGUCCCGGAGCCAGAGCGUGACAGUACCCCCCCCCUAAAGGCGCGGACUCCGACCGCGCCUACACCCCAAAUAGGGAAGGGCUGGGUGGGUAUUGCUCCUCGGAGGCGGCUCCGGCUCCGGGCUUGACCACCACCCUACUACAAUCCCCCCGUAGUGCCCCCAGUCCGAUCUGACCCAGUUAGCUGGAUCAGGACUGCCGACGCGCACCCCUGGCUUGGCGCGUGAGGCAGGAAUGGACCGGACCUGGCAGACGAUACGCACCCUUUGCAUGGUGCGUGGAGCCGGAACAGGCCUCACCAGGCUGAAGACUCGCAUCCCUGGCUUGGUGCGAGUAGCAGGAAUGGGCUGAAUCCGGCUGACGACUCGCACCCUUGGCUUGGUGCGAGUAGCAGGAAUGGGCUGAAUCCGGCUGACGACUCGCACCCUUGGCUUGGUGCGAGUAGCAGGAAUGGGCUGAAUCCGGCUGACGACUCGCACCCUUGACUUGGUGCGAGUGGCAGGAACAGGCAGAAUCCGGCUGACGACUCGCACCCUUGGCUUGGUGCGAGUAGCAGGAACGGGCUGGACCAGGCUGGCGACUCGCACCCCUGGUUUGGUGCGAGUGGCAGGAACAGGCCGGACAGGGCUGACGAAACGCACCAUAGACUUGGUGCGGAGAGCAGGCACGGGUCUGACAGGGCUGGCGACGCGCACCACAGACUUGGCGCGGAGAGCAGGAACGGGCCGGACAGGGCUGACGACGCACACCACUGGCUUGGUGCGGGGAGCUUGGAUGGGCCGGACUGUACUGGGGACACACACCACUGGCCCUACACCGGGAUCUGGAACGGGCCGGACCGGACUGGCAACACACGCCAGUACCUCUCGCCGUGCCUCUACUUCCUCCAUCCCCUCUUCGACCAGUGGCCCCCGUAACCCGACGGCCUCCUCCGGCAACCCACUGGACCGCUCUAUCGCGGCCUCCUGCUGGUCCGACGUCGUGAGCCCCCCCCUAAAAAUUUUCUGGGGUUCUCUCCUCUUCGUGGACCAGGCCUCCAUCGUUCUCGCCAGACUAUCACCCCACUGCUCCAAAGUCCAACCUCUCUCCUCUUCUCUUGGCUUGGCCCAGUCGAGACUCCUACUCAACUGCUCCCAAGUCCAUCCUCUCUCUUCUUCAUGCUGCUUGAUCUGGUUAAGGUGGGUUUUUCUGUCACGAUCGUCUAAUGAGGGAGACCAAAGCGCAGCGCGUUGAGCGAACAUGACUUUAUUAAAUUAAAGUACUCACUACAAAAAACAACAAACAAUGACGAAUCGUGAAGUCCUCAGUUACAAUGACUGACAAGGAACAAAAACCCACAACACUAAGGUGAACACUGACAGUUUAAAUAUGGCUCCCAAUCAGAGAUAACGAGCCGACAGCUGACACUCGUUACCACUGAUUGGGAGUCACACGACCAAACAAGGAAACCCAACCAAAUACAACACAACCAAUACCAAACACAACCAAAUGUACACACCCUGGCUCAAAAUACACAGUCCCGGAGCCAGAGCGUGACAGUACCCCCCCCUAAAGGCGCGGACUCCGACCGCGCCUACACCCCAAAUAGGGAAGGGCUGGGUGGGUAUUGCUCCUCGGAGGCGGCUCCGGCUCCGGGCUUGACCACCACCCUACUACAAUCCCCCCGUAGUGCCCCCAGUCCGAUCUGACCCAGUUAGCUGGAUCAGGACUGCCGACGCGCACCCCUGGCUUGGCGCGUGAGGCAGGAAUGGACCGGACCUGGCAGACGAUACGCACCCUUUGCAUGGUGCGUGGAGCCGGAACAGGCCUCACCAGGCUGAAGACUCGCAUCCCUGGCUUGGUGCGAGUAGCAGGAAUGGGCUGAAUCCGGCUGACGACUCGCACCCUUGGCUUGGUGCGAGUAGCAGGAAUGGGCUGAAUCCGGCUGACGACUCGCACCCUUGGCUUGGUGCGAGUAGCAGGAAUGGGCUGAAUCCGGCUGACGACUCGCACCCUUGACUUGGUGCGAGUGGCAGGAACAGGCAGAAUCCGGCUGACGACUCGCACCCUUGGCUUGGUGCGAGUAGCAGGAAUGGGCUGGACCAGGCUGGCGACUCGCACCCCUGGUUUGGUGCGAGUGGCAGGAACAGGCCGGACAGGGCUGACGAAACGCACCAUAGACUUGGUGCGGAGAGCAGGCACGGGUCUGACAGGGCUGGCGACGCGCACCACAGACUUGGCGCGGAGAGCAGGAACGGGCCGGACAGGGCUGACGACGCACACCACUGGCUUGGUGCGGGGAGCUUGGAUGGGCCGGACUGUACUGGGGACACACACCACUGGCCCUACACCGGGAUCUGGAACGGGCCGGACCGGACUGGCAACACACGCCAGUACCUCUCGCCGUGCCUCUACUUCCUCCAUCCCCUCUUCGACCAGUGGCCCCCGUAACCCGACGGCCUCCUCCGGCAACCCACUGGACCGCUCUAUCGCGGCCUCCUGCUGGUCCGACGUCGUGAGCCCCCCCCUAAAAAAUUUCUGGGGUUCUCUCCUCUUCGUGGACCAGGCCUCCAUCGUUCUCGCCAGACUAUCACCCCACUGCUCCAAAGUCCAACCUCUCUCCUCUUCUCUUGGCUUGGCCCAGUCGAGACUCCUACUCAACUGCUCCCAAGUCCAUCCUCUCUCUUCUUCAUGCUGCUUGAUCUGGUUAAGGUGGGUUUUUCUGUCACGAUCGUCUAAUGAGGGAGACCAAAGCUCAGCGCGUUGAGCGAACACGACUUUAUUAAAUUAAAGUACUCACUACAAAAAACAACAAACAAUGACGAAUCGUGAAGUCCUCAGUUACAAUGACUGACAAGGAACAAAAACCCACAACACUAAGGUGAACACUGACAGUUUAAAUAUGGCUCCCAAUCAGAGAUAACGAGCCGACAGCUGACACUCGUUACCACUGAUUGGGAGUCACACGACCAAACAAGGAAACCCAACCAAAUACAACACAACCAAUACCAAACACAACCAAAUGAACACACCCUGGCUCAAAAUACACAGUCCCGGAGCCAGAGCGUGACAUUCUGGAUCAUCCAAAUGCACUCUAGCAAACUUCAGACGGGCCUGGACAUGUACUGGCUUAAGCAGGGGGACACGUCUGGCACUGCAGGAUUUGAGUCCCUGGCGGCGUAGUGUGUUACUGAUGGUAGGCUUUGUUACUUUGGUCCCAGCUCUCUGCAGGUCAUUCACUAGGUCCCCCCGUGUGGUUCUGGGAUUUUUGCUCACCGUUCUUGUGAUCAUUUUGACCCCACGGGGUGAGAUCUUGCGUGGAGCCCCAGAUCGAGGGAGAUUAUCAGUGGUCUUGUAUGUCUUCCAUUUCCUAAUAAUUGCUCCCACAGUUGAUUUCUUCAAACCAAGCUGCUUACCUAUUGCAGAUUCAGUCUUCCCAGCCUGGUGCAGGUCUACAAUUUUGUUUCUGGUGUCCUUUGACAGCUCUUUGGUCUUGGCCAUAGUGGAGUUUGGAGUGUCACUGUUUGAGGUUGUGGACAGGUGUCUUUUAUACUGAUAACAAGUUCAAACAGGUGACAUUAAUACAGGUAACGAGUGGAGGACAGAGGAGCCUCUUAAAGAAGAAGUUACAGGUCUGUGAGAGCCAGAAAUCUUGCUUGUUUGUAGGUGACCAAAUACUUAUUUUCCACCAUAAUUUGCAAAUAAAUUCAUAAAAAAUCCUACAAUGUGAUUUUCUGGAUUUCUUUUCCUCAAUUUGUCUGUCAUAGUUGACGUGUACCUAUGAUUAAAAAUUACAGGCCUCUCUCAUCUUUUUAAGAGGGAUAACUUGCACAAUUGGUGGCUGACUAAAUACUUUUUUCCCCCACUGUAUAUAUAUAUUUUUUUCACCUUUAUUUAACCAGGUAAGCCAGUUGAGAAAAAGUUAUAAUUUACAACUGCGACCUGGCCAAGAUAAAGCAAAGCAGUGCGAUAAAAAAAAUAAAACACAGAGUUACAUAUGGGGUAAACAAAACAUAAAGUCAAAAAUACAACAGAAGAUAUAUAUACAGUGUGUGCAAAUGUAGCAAGUUAUGGAGGUAAGGCAAUAAAUAGGCCAUAGUGCAAAAUAAUUACAAUUUAGUAUUAACACUGGAAUGAUAGAUGUGCAAGAGAUGAUGACUGGGGUGCAAAUGAGCAAAAUAAAUAACAAUAUGGGGAUGAGGUAGUUGGGUGGGCUAAUUUCAGAUGGGCUGUGUACAGGUGCAGUGAUCGGUAAGGUGCUCUGACAACUGAUGCUUAAAGUUAGUGAGGGAGAUAAGAGUCUCCAGCUUCAGAGAUUUUUGCAGUUUGUUCCAGUCAUUGGCAGCAGAGAACUGGAAGGAAUGGCGGCCAAAGGAGAUGUUGGCUUUGGGGAUGACCAGUGAGAUAUACCUGCUGGAGUGCAUACUACGGGUGGGUGUUGCUAUGGUGACCAAUGAGCUAAGAUAAGGCGGGGAUUUGCCUAGUAGUGAUUUAUAGAUGACCUGGAGCCAGUGGGUUUGGCGACGAAUAUGUAGUGAGGACCAGCCAACAAGAGCAUACAGGUCACAGUGGUGGGUAGUAUAUGGGUCUUUGGUGACAAAACGGAUGGCACUGUGAUAGACUACAUCCAAUUUGCUGAGUAGAGUGUUGGAGGCUAUUUUGUAAAUGACAUUGCCGAAGUCAAGGAUCGGGAGGAUAGUCAGUUUAACGAGGGCAUGUUUGGCAGCAUGAGUGAAGGAGGCUUUGUUGCGAAAUAGGAAGCCAAUUCUAGAUUUAACUUUGGAUUGGAGAUGCUUAAUGUGAGUCUGGAAGGAUAGUUUACAGUCUAAUCAGACACCUAGGUAUUUGUAGUUGUCCACAUACUCUAGGUCAGACCCGCCAAGAGUAAUGAUUCUAGUCGGGUGGGCGGGUGCCAGCUGCGUUCGAUUGAAGAGCAUGCAUUUAGUUUUACUAGUGUUUAAGAGCAGUUGGAGGCUACGGAAGGAGUGUUGUAUGGCAUUGAAGCUUGUUUGGAGGUUUGUUAACACAGUGUCCAAUGAAGGGCCAGAUGUAUACAAAAUGGUGUCGUCUGCGUAGAGGUGGAUCUGAGAGUCACCAGCAGUAAGAGCGACAUCAUUGAUAUACACAGAGAAAAGAGUCGGCUCGAGAAUUGAACCCUGUGGCACCCCCAUAGAGACUGCCAUAGGUCCAGACAACAGGCCCUCCGAUUUGACACAUUGAACUCUAUCUGAAAAGUAGUUGGUGAACCAGGCGAGGCAUUUGAGAAACCAAGGCUAUUUAGUCUGCCAAUAAGAAUGCGGUGGUUGACAGAGUCAAGAGCCUUGGCCAGGUCGAUGAAGACGGCUGAACAUUACUGUCUAUUAUCGAUCGCGGUUAUAAUAUCGUUUAGGACCUUGAGCGUUGCUGAGGAUCACCCAUGACCAGCUCGGAAUCCGGAUUGCAUAACGGAGAAGGUACGGUGGGAUUCGAAAUGGUCGGUGAUCUGUUUGUUAACUUGGCUUUCAAAAACGUUCAAAAGGCAGGGCAUGAUGGAUAUAGGUCUGUAACAGUUUGGGUCUAGAGUGUCACCCCCUUUGAAGAGGGGGAUGACUGCGGCAGCUUUCCAAUCUCUGGGGAUCUCAGACGUUACGAAAGAGAGGUUGAACAGACUAGUAAUAGGUGUUGCGACAAUUUCGGCUGCUAAUUUUAGAAAGAAAGGGUCCAGAUUGUCUAGCCCAGAUGAUUUGUAGGGGUCCAGAUUUUGCAGCUCUUUCAGAACAUCAGCUGUCUGAAUUUGUGUGAAGUAGAAGCGGGUGGUGGGGGGUGGGGGAGCAUGGGCAAGUUGCAGCGGAGGGUGCAGAGCUGGUGGCCGGGGUAGUGGUAGCCAGGUGGAAAGCAUGGCCAGCAAAAUGCUUGUUGAAAUUCUCGAUUAUUGUAGAUUUAUCGGUGGUUAUAGUGUUUCCUAGCCUCAGUGCAGUGGCCAGCUGGGAGGAGGUGCUCUUAUUCUCCAUGGACUUUACAGUGUCCCAAAACUUUUUGGAGUUAGUGCUACAGGAUGCAAAUUUCUGUUUGAAGAAGCUAGCCUUUGCUUUCCUAACUGCUUGUGUAUAUUGGUUCCUAAUUUCCCUGAAAAGUUGCAUAUCGCGGGGGCUAUUCGAUGCUAAUGCAGUACGCCACAGGAUGUUUUUGUGCUGGUCAAGGGCAGUCAAGUCUGAGGAGAACCAGGGGCUAUAUCUGUUCUUCUUGUUUUUAAUGAUGGGGCAUGUUUAUUUAAGAUUGAGAGGAAAGCACUUUUAAAGAACAACCAGGCAUCCUCUACUGACGGAAUGAGAUCGAUAUCCAUCCAGGAUACCUGGGCCAGGUCAAUUAGGAAGGCCUGCUCGCUAAAGUGUUUUAGGGAGCGUUUGACAGUAAUGAAGGUUGGUCUUUUGACCGCGGACCCGUUACGGACGCAGGCAAUAAGGCAGUGAUCACUGAGAUCCUGGUUGAAGACAGCGGUGUAUUUAGAGGGUAAGUUAGUCAGGAUGAUAUCUAUGAGGGUGCCCAUGUUUACGGAUUUAGGGUUGUACCUGGUAGGUUCCUUGAUAAUUUGUGUGAGAUUGAGGGCAUCUAGUUUGGAUUGUAGGAUGGCCGGGGUGUUAAGCAUAUCCCAGUUUAGGUCACCAAGCAGUAUGAACUCUGAGGAUAGAUGGGGGGCAAUCAAUUCACAUAUGGUGUCCAGGGCACAGCUGGGGGUCUGUAGCAAGCGGCAACAGUGAGAGACUUAUUUCUGGAAAGGUGGAUUUUUAGAAGUAGGAGCUCAAACUGUUUGGGCACAGACCUGGAUAGUAUGAUAGAGCUCUGCAGGCUAUCUCUACAGUAGAUUGCAACUCCACCCCCUUUGGCAGUUUUAUCUAGAUGGAAAAUGUUGUAGUUGGGUAUGGACAUUUCAGAAUUUUUGGUGGCCUUCCUAAGCCAGGAUUCAGACACUGCUAGAACAUCAGGGUUGGCGGAGUGUGCUAAUGCAGUGAAUAACUCAAUCUUAGGAAGGAGGCUUCUGAUGUUAACAUGCAAAAGCCAAGGCUUUUACGGUUACAGAAGUCAACAAAUUAUAGCGCCUGGGGAGUAGGAGUGAUACUGGGGGCUGCAGGGCCUGGGUUAACCUCUACAUCACCAGAGGAACAGAGGAGGACUAGAAUAAGGAUACGGCUAAAGGCUUUAAGAACUGGUCUUCUAGUGCGUUUGGUACAGAGAAUAAAGGGGGCAGAUUUCCGGGUGUUGUAGAAUAGAUUCAGGGCAUUAUGUACAGACAAGGAUAUGGAAGGAUAUGAGUACAGUGGAGGUAAACCUAAGCGUUGGGUAACAAUGAAAGAGAUAGCAUCACUGGAGGCACCGAUUGAGCCGGUCUCGGCGUGUAUGGGGGGUGGAACAAAGGAGCUAUCUGAGGCAGUUUGAGAGGGACUUGGGGCUCUUCAGUGAAAUUGUAUAAUAAGAACUAACUGGAACAGCCAUAGGCAAGGCAUAUUGACAUGGAAGAGAGGCAUAAAGCAAUCACAGGUGUUAUUCGAGAGAGCUAAGACAACAACUGGUAAUGGCGAUGAAAGUUUGGGCUGAGGCUAAACAGAUAAAACAGGACAGGGUACCGUGUAAAGGAACAGUCCAGCAGGCAUCAGCUGUGCAGCUGAGUGAUCAUAAGGUCCAGUGAACAGCAAUGUGAGUCCGAGAGCAGUUCGAAUUGGUGCUACAGCACAGGCGAUCAGGAAGCACGGCUGUUGAAUUGCGUGUGCUAGCGGGCCGGGGCUAGCAGAUGGAUCUUCGUGGUCGUCGCAACGGGAAGCCUGUUGAAACCACAGACGAUUACGUUGGCAGACCAGUCGUGAUGGAUCGGCGGGGCUCCGUGUCGACACUAGGAGGUCCCGUCCGGUUGACAGAGAGGUAGAUAGCCGGGAGAUGGGCCUGACUCAAGGCUAGCUCAAGGCUGAUUAGCCAACCACAACAUCCAUUCGUUUGCAGCUAGCUAGUUGCGAUGAUCCGGUGUUAAAGGUCCAGUGAUUCAGGUGAUUCCGGCAGAAAAUCCGAUAUGUUCUGGGUCGAUAACGCGCUGUGCAGACUCAAGACAUUUCAGCUUUUCAUUUUUAAUUAAUUGAAAAAAAAAAAUAAUAAUAAUAAUACUUUUACAUUAUUGGAUAUUGUGUGUAGACCAGUGACAGAAAAUCUCAAUUUAAUCCAUUUUAAAUUCAGACUGUAACACAUAAAAAAAUAAAAAUAAUCAAAGGAAAUGAAAACUUUCUAAAGCACUGUACAUGUAAACAGGAGUAAUUGUGACAAGUAGCAGGAUAAAAUAGAUAGAUACUAAUGGUAAUAGCAAUCAAUAAUCAAUGAACGGCAACAUAGUGGUAGUAAUAAAUCGAAUCAAUAAUCAUUUUAGCUGUGCGUAGGUGUGACGGAGAGCAGUAUUUGUUAACCAUUUAACAGUCUUAUGGCCAGGGGAUAGAAGCUGUUUAGGAGUCUGUUGGUCUGUGUCUUGAUGCACCGGUACCGUCUGCCAGACGGGAGCAAGGAGAACAGUCCAUGUCUCGGGUGGCUGGAGUCUUUGGCAAUUUUUGGGGCCUUUCUCAGACACCGCCUGGCAUGUACGUCCUGGAUAGAACAAUGCAGCUGCUGCUGUUUAGAACCAGAGUUACCAAAUGCAGUUUACUCAUGAGAUGUAGUGUAGCAGCUAGUUAGCUUGAAAUAGAUGAUAAACCCAUAAGGAUAUUAGUGAGGCCCAGGAACAGAUGUGCUGUAAUGAUUGGUUUUAUUAGUGGCUGUAUUCUGUUAGAUGGUUGUGAUGUGAUGCUCUUCACUGGGUUCAUAGAGAGCAUAUUAGGUCAUCUUUGCCUAUAUUGAAGAGGGAACACAUUUCUUACAUUUGAGUAAAUUUGAGAGAUUUAUCAAUGUGUAUUUGAUUUAUAACAGUCAUUCCUCUUUUUUUUUUUUUACAUUUUAGUCGUUUUAGCAGACGCUCUUAUCCAGAGCGACUUACAGUUAGUGAGUGCAUACAUUAUUAUUUUUUAUUUUUUCAUACUGGCUCCCCUUGGGAAUCGAACCCACAACCCUGGCGUUGCAAACGCCAUGCUCUACCAACCGAGCUACAUCGCUGCCGGCCAUUCCCUCCCCUACCCUGGGUGACGCUGGGUCAAUUGUAGCCGCCCCAUGGGUCUCCCGGUCGCGGCCGGCUACGACAGAGCCUGGAUUCAUCCCUGUGUAAUGCUGGUUAGAGAUGAAUGGACACAAACAGUUUUGAUAGGCAGUUCAUUUAAAGACUAUGCCACAUCUCGGAAAUGCCCAACUUUUUAAUACCUUCAAGAAAUUAAGAUAUUCUCAGUGGAUAGAAAAUAUGCUAAUGAUGUUUUUUCUUUCCCUAAAGCCCCUCCCACUUUUACGACCACACCCCCACAGUAUGUGGAGGCCAAGGAGGGGGGCAGCACUCUGCUGACUUGCUCCGCCCAGGGAAACCCCAAACCAAUGAUCAGCUGGCUGAGGGAUGGGGAGAACCUUGCAACCAGUGGAAAAUACACGGUAAGCCAAACUGGACAACAAAUGUACUGUACCUCCGGCUAGAAAUACAUGCCCUUUAAACCUUGAAUCAGCAGUGAAAUGGCCUGUGAAAGUGAUUCUAUUUUAGGUCAGUGGAAAUAAAACAUGCUAGCUAUUUUCUCCAGGUUAAUAUCGGAUUUGUCAAUUUUCUAGGGCUGCCAUGACAUUCUUUGAUAUUUAGGGAAAGGAGCCUUGAAGGUAUGUGGAUUCCAGAUAAUUUAGCCCUUUAAGUUCUUGGAGUCAUUCAGAUGUGACGUUGAAAUCUUAGAUAUUAUACCUGUCUUACAUGCUUAAGACCAGCCCCACCCCACCGCUUCUGAAGAUGUCACUGCUCCUGAUGUUUUUUUUGCUAUGGAACAAAGGUACAGUAAGCACUGAACAGUAUGGAAAUAUUCAGAACAACUACGUAUGGCUAGGCUAUACAAUACAAGCUUUCACAGACUCCAAAACAGUCUCUACACAAUGUUCUCAUGCCUGAUGAAGACAAUUUGAGUUGUGAAUGGAUUAUCAUUUGAUGAAAACUGAUUAUUUGUCUAAAAACAUGCCUUUUCCUCGAUCUGGGUACUUGGGCUGUAGAUAUACCAUACAAUCUUUCACAGACUCCAAAACAAUGUGUACACAAUGUUAUCAGUUUAGGGAAGCCUGAUCAUGACAAUUUACAGUUGUGAAUGCUACACUCUUUUUAUGAAAAUGUAUGAUUUGUUUUGAUUAAAAACAUGCAUUUUCCUCUAUCUGGGUACUCAGACUAAGCUGUAGAUAUACCGUAAAAGCUUUCACAGACGCCAAAACAUUCUCUCAAUCUACACUAUUUUGGUGGCAAUACAGUAGGUCAUUUUCUUAAAACGUGCAUUUUCGUCUAUCUGGAUACUCAGACUGGCUGUAGAUAAGCUUAUUCAUUCUGUUUCAUAACUAAUGUUCAAGUAAGAAGGCAGUCUAUAGGUGUGGUGUUGUAUGCUGGAGGAAAUCUUCAGCACACACCACCAUCUGCCUGAGUAUACGUGAGACUGCUGUCUGUCUGUGCACUUUUCACUGCACCCAGAUUGCAGAUCGAGAAGCCCUUAAUUGGACUGUCUGGCAUGUCUGUGAUUGGCCAGGAGAGUCUGUCAGUCAGGCUGCAGAAGGCCUGCAGAGGGCGGGUCCCUGAGGGGAGGAAGAACAGUCCAGGCGUGUCAAGCCUCGGUUGCACCCCCUCUCUCAUUUGUCAUGUUUUGAGUUAGUGUUCCAGUUCUCUUUAAGGAACCCUGUGAACCAUGGACAACCCCCUCUCUCACCCCUCUCUCACCCCUCUCUACACUCAGAUGUUUCAGAUGGAGUAAAUCCCUGAGCUUGCUGAAGGCUUGCUGAAGGCUGCACCUAACAUUUGGACUUGAUGUGUGACGUACAGGAAGUGACAGCUCGCCUCAUUCCUGUGUCAUUGUGUCUGUCACUCAGCGAGCUGGCCCUGUGUCUUAUCCCUCUCUCACCCCUCUCUCACCCCUCUCUCAUCCCUUUAUCAUCCCUCUCUCAGCUAGUCACCCUUCUCUCAUCCCUCUUUCAUCCCUCUCUUUCAUCCAUCUCUCUCACCCCUCUCUUUCAUCCAUCUCUCACCCCUCUCUCAUCCCUCUCUCUCUCUUAUCCCUCACCCUCUCUCACCCCUCUCUCAUUCCUUUCCUCAACCCCUUUCUUAUCCCUCUCGCUAAUCCCUCUCUUCCCUCUCUUGUUCCCCUCUGUCACCCCUCUCUCUCACCCCUCUCUCUCACCCAUCUCUCACUCCUCCCUCACCCCUCUCUCAUCCCUCUCUCUCACCCAUCUCAGGCUCCCACACCACAGCCUCAUCAAAGGUUAGAGUGGAGGAGCCCAGGGCUUUAACAUGUUCGCCUUAGUAAACGAUCGGAAGACUUCCUCAUCCCUCCUACUGCAUCAAUAUUACGUUACUCUUAAUAUAAAUGUUAUACUAAACAUGAAUAUCAACAGUGAGCCAAGUGCCUCACAUCAAAGAGCAUGCUUUGAUGCACACAGCAUUUAGGCGUAUUGGUAGUAACGGUGGAAUAUGUUUAUGAUUUGUUUGAACCCUCAAAUUGCUUUUGAUUGGUUUGCUGUGAGAGGAAGCUAGAAAAAAAUGUAUAUACCCAAACAAGCCAUAGUCUAUACAUUUGAGGACUCCCAUUGUAGUAAAGAGAUGGUGGUAAUGAUUGCGCUCCAUGGAUAACUGGUGUCCAUGAGGACUUGGUAGAGAAUGGCAGGAAUAUGACAGUGGAGAGAAGAGGAGGAAUCAUGGUCAUCAUCUCAGCACCCCCUGCUGUUUGAGAUCCCACACAUUAGUCAAUGUGUUGUGUCUGAACUCCUCCUCCUCCUCCUCCACAUCCACCUUCGUCUUCUCAUCCUCCCCUCCCCUCCCCAUCCUCCCCUCCCCAUCCUCCCAUCCCCAUCCUCCCCUCCCCAUAGAAAUGGCCUGCUGACUAUUACACUGCUGCAAGUGUAGUGUAGGUUACUGUGUCAUAACUGUGGCCCAGCUAUGUGUGUUUGUCCUGCCAUGGAGUGGGAUUAACAGGGAGUCCUACCUCAGCUGGGCUGACCCAAGGCAGGAUGGACCACUGUUUGGGUGUGUCUAGUGGCUGCUAAACUCUCUUGGCUAAAAGGUUUGAGAGACAGAUUAAUAGGUAUAAUCCCAGAGGUUUAGCAGAUUCUCUCCCGUUUGCUUGAAUGGACAGGGCUACAGCUGUGUGUAACCUGAAUGGACAGAACCCAACAACCCUACUGCAUAAUUUACGAGGGUAUUUUUAUUAGGUUGGGUUAAUGUGUUCCCUCCCUGCUUAUUGGUUCCAGUCUGCGUCCUCCUCGGCAGAGGGGAGAGGUAAUACAGGUGCACAGUGAGACGUUUCCCAGGUUACCACCUGGAGAGAUUAGCUUCACAUCACAACCAAAGUUAAUUAGAGAAUAACUUCGUCCCCAGGCUUUUGCGCACAGCGCAUAUAAGCCUGGGAUAUCAACCACUCAAAGCUUUCCUUAGUGGGAGUGACCAUAGAAUUCUAUGGGUGUGACCUGAGUAAAGUAUUUGUCAUUUAAUUUUAGCGAAUCACACAACUGCAAGGCGUGGCUCUGUGGGAGAGUUAGGGGGAAGGUGUUGUGGGAGAUGAUUGGUUGGUAGAUUAAGCCAAUUAAGCCAAUGCCUAUGCGCCUGGAGUUUAUCUUGGCUCUCUGUAUUAGCUCACGAAGGCCAAGUUUGAUGCAUUGGUCUACCAGACUCUUCGCGCAUUUGGGCGGAAGUAUCUGGGAACGAGAUUAAUUCGAGAAUUACAUGAUGAUGAGUUUAGACUUUAGAGUAUUGGUUGUAUGCUCUCUAUAUUAAUACCUCUGUACACAGACCUACCCACCGACUCACAGAGCGAAACAUACAUUCCGACCAAAGACAAAAAAAACUCAAUCUUGCCUUGAUUUUGGUGUGCCAUUUCACUAGGUUAUGCUUAUACAUUUUACAUUUUAGUCAUUUAGCAGACGCUCUUAUCCAGAGCGACUUACAGUUAGCGAGUGCAUACAACUUCAUACUGGCCCCCCGUGGGAAACGAACCCACAACCCUGGCGUUGAAAGCGCCAUGCUCUACCAACUGAGCUAGAGGGGACUAUAAAUACCAUCUCUGUAUUUUUGAUCUGUCUCUCACAAACUUGUCCACCCCAGGUGCAUGAUGGGAGUCUGACAGUGCUGGGGAUCACUCGGGACGACAGAGGGGCGUAUACGUGUCGAGCCUUCAGCGACCAGGGAGAGGUGCUCCACACCACCCGUCUGCUGGUCCAAGGUAAGAGGACAACGGUCACACUGUAACGUCACAGAUGGAUGGAACUUCAGAGGAUGGAACUUGGGAGUCCCAUAGGGCGGCGCACAAUUGGCCCAGCGUCGGUUAUGGUGGUGUGAGGGAGAAAUCAUGACUUUUCUCUACUGAGGUGCACACUGAUUAUGAGUUUUGAGGAGAAGGUUCCUAGGACAAUUGCUGGCUGAAUACUGAAAGAACAGUUUGUCCUGACUGUCUGAAUAAUCCCUUAUCCGAGAAUCUUUAGGCUAUUUUUGCCCUACACAUGCUAUUAAACAUCUAUUACACGCCUACAGCUAUGCAGUACAGUGUCUAGAUUGUGUUUAAGAUAGAGAAAUUAAGUCCUGCCGCUAUCUACUUAAUAAGUCUCUGUUUCCUGCCUUUGUCACAGUAUGCAGGGAUAGUGUUUGGUUUUAUCAGUGUGGUAGUAUGGUUUAGUCUGUAUAAGUCAAUACUCUUAAGUCCUCUGGUGACCUAGUCUGCUGCUGCUGCUGCUGGUAGUGUGUGUAUAUCACUGUCUGUCUGAGGCGUACAUCACUGUCUGUCUCCGGUCCAUUAACCAGGCUCUCUCUCGCCUAGACAGACACAGACACAGAUCUGGGCUCUGCUCUGCUCUGAUAAAUGGAUCUGAUACAGGCUUCCUCCACUUCCUGCCUCUGCCUCUGCCUCUCUCAGUCUACAUCAAAAUCAAAUACACACACACACACACACACACACACACACACACACACACACACACACACACACACACACUCUCUCUCUCUCUCUCUCUCUCUCUCUCUCUCUCUCUCUCUCUCUCUCUCUCUCUCUCUCUCUCUCUCUCUCUCUCUCUCUCUCUCUCUCUCUCUCUCUCUCUCUCUCUCUAUCUAGCACUGGAUGAGUUAACAGCCGAUGGAGCAGGUUGGUUUUAUGGUAGGCUUGCUAGGUUUGAUGGUGGGGUAAAGAUGUGUCAAUUUCAGUCAAUGUGCAAGUGUCUAAAAGGAGGAUGGGCAAGAAGUGCUUGUUUACAUCUUGGAUUUUGAGUAAGGUUUACUCUAUUGAGCCCUCUAAACACUCGCACACACUGCAUGCACAUGCCUGAUAAUACAUUAAGUUUUUAAUUAAUUGGUCUGACUCCUCAUAAACCUCAUACAUGUCUUAGAUGGUUUGAAUAAAGUUUUUACAAAUCCAGAGUGAUUUGGAAUGUUUGGUACACCAGCAAUAUUGCAGCCUGUUUUUGUUUUUCAUUAAGGAGUAUCCAUCCAGAAGCAGGCUCUGUGGAAAUGUGCCAGUGAAGUUGUCUAAGGCUCUCUGAGCAAUUACAAGCAGCUAUCGGAUGAGUCGUGAUUCUCACUAAAAUUAUCUGUUUUUAUUUGUUCUGUGACUUAACCACUCUUUCAGUAGUCCUUCCUGGUGUAUAAAGCCAUUCAGUGUGUAUUUAUGAAAUAACCAGGAGGCUUGUAGCUGGGCCCACUUAUAAAAGACAGCUUACGUUUCACUGUCUGUAAUAUAGUACAGAGAGAUAGAGAGCAGAACACCAACCUCAGGGCACCGAGGGUUCAUGCUGUGGAGGCAUCUGCAAGUCUGGCAACCAAGUAUGUGGUUCAAGUUACAAUAUGCCUGCUUACUGUAUCUCAUAGGCUACUAGAGAGAAGCCUGUGCUAGGGGUCUACUGUAACAAUUAACAGAUGCUGUCUGAAUGGGUCAUAAGAGAAUAAUUUGAGUAUCCAUAUCUACACUGAACAAAAAUAUAAACGCAACAUGUAAAGUGUUGGUCCCAUGUUUCAUGAGCUGAAAUAAAAGAUCCCAGACAUUUUCCAUAAUCACAAAAAGCUGAUUUCUGUCAAAUGUUGUGCACACAUAUGUUUACAUCCCUCUUAGUGAGCAUUUCUCCUUUGCCAAGAUAAUCCAUCCACCUGACAGGUGUGGCAUAUCAAGAAGCUGAUUAAACAGCAUGAUCAUUACACAGGUGCACCUUGUGCUGGCGACAAUAAAAGGCCACUAAAAAAUGUUUUGAGGGAGAGUGCAAUUGCCAUGCUGACUGCAGGAAUGUCCACCAGAGCUGUUGCCAGAUAAUUUAAUGUUCAUUUCUCUACCAUAAGCUGCCUCCAACGUCGUUUUAGAGAAUUUGGCAGUACGUCCAACCGGCCUCACAACCACAGACCACGUGUAACCAUGCCAGCACAGGACCUCCACAUCCGGCUUCUUCAUCUGCGGGAUCGUCUGAGACCAGCCACCCGGACAGCUGAUGAAACAGUGGGUUUGCACAACAGAAUAAUUUCUACACAAACUGUCAGAAACCGUCUCAGGGAAGCUCAUCUGCGUGCUCGUCAUCUUCACCAGGGUCUUGACCUGACUGCAGUUCGGCAUCGUAACCGACUUCAGUGGCAAAUACUCACCUUCGAUGGCUACUGGCACGCUAGAGAAGUGUGCUCUUCACGGAUUAAUCCUGGUUUCAAUUGUACCGAUUGACUGAUUUCCUUAUAUGAAUUGUAACUCAGUAAAAUCUAUGAAAUUGUUGCAUGUUGCGUUUAUAUUUUUGUUCAAUCUAUGUUUUGUUGUACACUAAAAGCCUUUGUUUGUUUCCUGUAGGGCCACCGUAUAUUAAGUCACCGCCAGAGAACAUUACUGUCAACAUAUCCCAGAAUGCACGCUUCACCUGUCAAGCAGAGGCGUAUCCUGGCAACCUGACCUACACCUGGUUUUGGGAGGAAGAUAACGUGUACUUCACUAAGAAGUAAAGUUAUAAUCAAGAUCUUGUGUCUGUUUGUCUGUGUGACUUCCCUUUGGUCUUUGUCUUUUCCACCCUGUCAUCUAAAGGCUUUUGAAUCUUGUGUCCUCUCCUGUGAUCGUAUUUGAGUCUUCCAGACCCUGUCCUGGUGUUGUGAAUUUGAAUGUGUGUGUGUUUCUGUCUGUGUGUGUACAGUGAGGGGAAAAAAGUAUUUGAUCCCCUGCUGAUUUUGUAUGUUUGCCCACUGACAAAGAAAUGAUCAGUCUAUAAUUUUAAUGGUAGGUUUAUUUGAACAGCGAGAGACAGAAUAACAACAAAAAAAUCCAGAAAAACGCAUGUGAAAAAUGUUAUAAAUUGAUUUGCAUUUUAAUGAGGGAAAUAAGUAUUUGACCCCUCUGCAAAACAUGACUUAGUACUUGGUGGCAAAACCCUUGUUGGCAAUCACAGAGGUCAGACGUUUCUUGUAGUUGGCCACCAGGUUUGCACACAUCUCAGGAGGGAUUUUGUCCCACUCCUCUUUGCAGAUCUUCUCCAAGUCAUUAAGGUUUCGAGGCUGACGUUUGGAAACUCGAACCUUCAGCUCCCUCCACAGAUUUUCUAUGGGAUUAAGGUCUGGAGACUGGCUAGGCCACUCCAGGUCCUUAAUGUGCUUCUUCUUGAGCCACUCCUUUGUUGCCUUGGCCGUGUGUUUUGGGUCAUUGUCAUGCUGGAAUACCCAUCCACGACCCAUUUUCAAUGCCCUGGCUGAGGGAAGGAGGUUCUCACCCAAGAUUUGAUGGUACAUGGCCCCGUUCAUCAUCCCUUUGAUGCGGUGAAGUUGUCCUGUCCCCUUAGCAGAAAAACACCCCCAAAGCAUAAUGUUUCCACCUCCAUGUUUGACGGCGGGGAUGGUGUUCUUGGGGUCAUAGGCAGCAUUCCUCCUCCUCCAAACACGGCGAGUUGAGUUGAUGCCAAAGAGCUCCAUUUUGGUCUCAUCUGACCACAACACUUUCACCCAUUUCUCCUCUGAAUCAUUCAGAUGUUCAUUGGCAAACUUCAGACGGGCAUGUAUAUGUGCUUUCUUGAGCAGGGGGACCUUGCGGGCGCUACAGGAUUUCAGUCCUUCACGGCGUAGUGUGUUACCAACUGUUUUCUUGGUGAAUAUGAUCCCAGCUGCCUUGAGAUCAUUGAAAAGAUCCUCCUGUGUAGUUCUGGGCUGAUUCCUCACCAUUCUCAUGAUCAUUGCAACUCCACGAGGUGAGAUCUUGCAUGGAGCCCUAGGCCGAGGGAGAUUGACAGUUAUUUUGUGUUUCUUCCAUUUGCGAAUAAUCGCACCAACUGUUGUCACCUUCUCACCAAGCUGCUUGGCGAUGGUCUUGUAGCCCAUUCCAGCCUUGUGUAGGUCUACAAUCUUGUCCCUGACAUCCUUGGAGAGCUCUUUAGUCUUGGCCAUGGUGGAGAGUUUGGAAUCUGAUUGAUUGAUUGCUUCUGUGGACAUGUCUCUUUUAUACAGGUAACAAGCUGAGAUUAGGAGCACUCCCUUUAAGAGUGUGCUCCUAAUCUCAGCUCGUUACCUGUAUAAAAGACACCUGGGAGCCAGAAAUCUUUCUGAUUGAGAGGGGGUCAAAUACUUAUUUCCCUCAUUAAAAUGCAAAUAAAUUUAUAACAUUUUUUGACGUGUGUGUGUGUGCUGGUGCCCUGUUCUUCUGUGGUCCGGCAGCAGUAAGAGAGGGCCUAGCAGGGGGCUGUCUGGAGCAUGCCAGCCGGGUUAGCACGCUCUGAUGACAAUACCACAUGCCUGUUAUACUGUAGUAAUGAUCUGAAGCGUAGCCAGGAGCUCUGUCAGACUCGCCCCAAGCACUGCUUUAGUUUAGUGAUGAAGACGUUUUAGAAAGAACAAGUGACUGGGAGACCAAGUGUCUGUCUGGGAGAAUCAACCUGUCAGAGAGUCCCUUAGAAAGAGGCCCAUCUCAAAUUGUUUUCUAAAGGCCUGGAAAAAGGCUGUGCAUAAUCAACCCUAGGAUAAGACACUACUAUCCUAGUUGGGAUGCUUACAAUGUUUGGUCUAUCCUGGGAGCCAACAGUCUAUCACGAGAGGAUAUUUUUGGUCUAAUCACAAUAUUUAUUUACUCAAAUAGAUACAAUGUAUAGUUUAGAUGAAUUCAUAGUUUACAUUAGAAUAUUCCCUCUGCUAUUUCUUUUGCAUAAUGUCCUCUCAAAUAUUACUCAAAUUAACAUGGUGUGCAGUGGGUUUGUUCUUUGUUUGAAACACAGUGGGAAUAGAAUAUCUGCCAGUGUACACUUCAUGAGGGUACUUCAUUUAAAGUGGCAGUGAGAGAGAAAACACGAGGGCUGCAACAUCAGGUGAUUGUGGAAAUUAGGGGAUAUAUCAAAGAUUCAAUCAUCAAUCAUGGACAGUCUUACUGACAGUUGUGGCUGCUUUGCGUGAUGUAUUGUUGUCUCUACCUUCUUGCCCUUUGUGCUGUUGUCUGUGCCCAAUCAUGUUUGUACCAUGUUAUGCUGCUACCAUGUUGUGCUGCUGCCAUGUUGUGUUGCUGCCAUGUUGUUGGCAUGUUGUGUUGCUGCCAUGCUUUGUUGUUGUCUUAGGUCUCUCUUUAUGUAGUGUUGUGGUGUCUCUCUUGUCGUGAUGUGUGUUUUGUCCUAUAUAUAUAUAUAUAUAUAUAUAUAAUUAUUUGUUUUAUCCCCCGUCCCCGCAGGAGGCCUUUUGCCCUUUGGUAGGCCGUCAUUGUAAAUAACAAUUUGUUCUUAACUGUCUUGCCUAGUUAAAUAAAGGUUAAAUAAAAUAAAUAAAAAAUAUUUGACACGCAACUGCUCAAUCUUUUGGAAGCUAUUCAGCCUGGAUGGAUUUGACCAAAUGCUGCCCUCUCAUGGCAGACUUGUGUAAUUGCAUUAAUGCAGCCCCAGUGUGUGAGUGUGUCUAUGCUAUGGCAUGUUCGAUAACUGUCUGCUUCCUCUCGGCAGUGACCUGAAAAACAGAGUCCGCAUCCUCAUCGACGGAACCCUCCACAUCUUCCGGGUGAAACCAGAGGAUGCUGGGAAAUACACCUGCAGCCCAAGCAACAGCCUCGGAACUCCACCGUCAGCGUCAGCACACCUCUCUGUUCAGUGUGAGUGUUACCGUGGCGACGGAGAGAGGGAGGGUGGGGGGGGCAGACAAGGCUGGCUGGCUGUACUGGAACAGGAGGAGAAACAACAGUAUCACAGCCUGCAUAGUGGCAGCCAGAACACUGCUGCUCAACAGGAUUGUCAUCGGUGAUGCAGUACCAUACAUAUCGCCCUGCUGAAACUUUUCCACCCUUGGCUGAAUUUCAGAGUCAAUGGUCGGGAUGAGGGAAUGAUUAGAUAGUCCUACUGCUCAUCAUCUUGGUAGGGCCUCUCUCAUCACCAUAUUCUUAGCAUUUUUUCCCGUCUAUGAUUCCAGUCUCUGUAGAGUUGAUUAUAUUUCAUUGCUAGACACUGACAGAGACAGUCUGCUAGUCUCACCCCAUAGCAUGCUGCUCAGUCUGUCCUUCUCCCCUUAGAGAAAGAGUACUGGUCUCCUCAAUGUGCCAGACUGAAUUGAAACGGUGACCUUUUAGUUAAUCUGUUACUGUAUGUGGAAGGGAAAUGCAGAGAGAGAGAGAGAGAGAGAGAGAGAGAGAGAGAGAGAGAGAGCCGACCAUGACUGUCUUUGUGAUUGGCUUCAGAGGGUGACCAGAGCCCCUCGCUGGAGCGAAAAACCAAAUUCUGCAGUCUUACAGAACUGUCCUCUUUCCUGUUAUGUACAAUCCAAGUUGAUAGCUAAAGACAAUUAGUUAGCAGCUAGCUUGGGCCGCUAUAAAGUAACUUAUAAAAUAUAUAUUUUUUAUUGGUUUCCAUACCGACCAACUUAUUAUAGGAGAAGUACCUGGCAGUUGUAAUUGUGAUUGAACAGUUUCAGACUUUAUGCUCCAGUCUAUUUUCACUGAAACCAUCUCCUGUCCAUCUGCACAAAACCUCAUGCUCUGUCCUCUCUUACCUCUAAUUUCUGACCCUCAGACCCUGCCCGCGUGCUCAACAUGCCCUCCAUCAUAUACGUCCCACGGAAACUGCCAGGGGUCAUCCGCUGCCCGGCGGAUGCCAACCCGCCGGUGAUAUCAGUGAAGUGGGAGAAAGAUGGUUACCCUCUCAGAGUGGAGAAGGUCAGUCUCAGUCUGCCAUCCGUGGGGGUCUCUGUCUGUCUGGACUGAUGCUGAUUAUUAUCAUUCACCAUAACAGCUGUUCACAAAGCAUCCCAGAGUAGGAUUGCUGAUCUAGGAUCCCUUUUAGGUUUUCCCCGCUACUGAAUAUGACUAUAUGGACACGGAGGACCUGAUCCUAGAUCAGCACUCCUUCUUUAACACACUUUGAAUGCUGUGGAGAAUAUUGCAUCCCUGUGAUGUUGAGUGUACCUCCUCUCUCCUGUCCCAGUACCCCGGAUGGAGCCAGGCGCCAGAUGGGAGUAUCCGGGUGGCGGAGGCCACAGAAGACUCCCUUGGCACCUACACCUGUAUGCCUUACAAUGCCCUGGGUACUAUGGGCCAGUCCGACCCGGCCACUCUGGUGCUAAAGGUACUGGUACUGGAAGAAACCUCUGACCAAAUGUGAUAUGUGUAGUCUUCUCUCUCCCCCUUUUGGUGAGACUUGUUGUGAGACUUGGUCUGUGACAUUGUGUGUGUGUUGGCCAACAGGAUCCCCCUUACUUUAACGUGAGGCCUGGUGGGGAGUACCGCCAGGAGGCUGGUAGAGAGCUGGUCAUCCCCUGUGCUGCCUCGGGAGACCCUGAGAUACCAACCAUCACCUGGAGGAAGGUAUGAAACCACACUACAGCUGGGAGUAGUCUGAGAAGAGAAAUAUGGAAAACUCUAACUGCUUUUGUAAUAUGACAGACUAGUCCCAGUGAACUGUGUGUGUGUGUGUGUGUGUGUGUGUGUGUGUGUGUGUGUGUGUGUGUGUGUGUGUGUGUGUGUGUGUGUGUUCAAGGUGGGGAAGCCCAGCAAGAGUAAGCACAACAUCCUCCCGAGCGGCAGCUUACAGUUCCUGUCCCUCAGCAAGGAGGAUCAUGGGGAAUGGGAGUGUGUGGCCACCAAUGUGGUCACCAGCAUCACUGCCAGCACGCUCCUCCUCGUCAUCGGUACCGUCCCCUGUGACCUCAUAACCCUCUGUCCCCAUGCAUGUCUGAUGUUCCUAGUCAUCGGUACAGUCCCCUCUGUGUUUUCUCAGUUCUUCAGGGUUCAGAAUUUCAGUUAAUCUAAAUUGAAGUGGAAUUGAAGUGGAUUUGACAGCAACCCUGCAGCUCUCUGUUCCCAUUCAUGAUGACCCUAGUCCUAGCUGUACUGUAUGUAUACUGAAGUACUGCUUAGACAAGUGACUAGCUUGUGCGUGUUUACAGUACAUAUGAGUAAUAAGCAUACCUCAGGACUCUCACAGUCAUACACCCUAGCUGGCACUUUCCCAACUGUCCCCUCACUGGAGUGACAGGUGACAUGUCAGAGGUGCUGAGUGUGGAGCGGACAGCUUUGACGUUUCUGACCGUAGUGGUCAGGACAGCAGGUCUCCCAAGCCAUAGACCUUCACUCCCCUUCACCUCACCAUUAGUCAACAACACCUCACAGUACAGGGCAUUAGCCAAUCAGAUAGGCCAUUCACAGCCAUUGUAGACAGUUGUAUACUGUAGAGGACUGUGAAUGGUAGCAGCACAAUGUACAUUAUUUUUGGACAAUGAUAGUGAUUCAGAGUGAGAUGGCUUUUUAUACAUUGACAAAACAGCUGUUAUGGGAAUAACACACUUGACCCAUACUGUGGUCAUCUUAACCUUCACCAUACAGUACACAUAGACCUAACAGAUUGCUCUAUCACUCUUUAGUGUGGGCCAGAGCAAUAUACAGUAGAGAGAUAUAGAGAGGUAUACUGUAGAUGGGUCUGGUAUUAAAUAUGACAGUUUCUUUUCUCUGACCCUCAGGCACCAGCCCACACGCUCCAGGCAACAUCCGUGUGUUGCCCUCUGUGACCUCGGCCAAUGUGUCCUGGGAGCCGGGUUACGACGGAGGCUUUGAGCAGACAUUCUCAGUGUGGUAUGGCCCAGUGUGAGUACUCCCAGCAUACUCUAGUCUACUAUCACAUCUUAUACUCAGAUUGCAGCUGAUUCCCAUAAUAGAGCUGGGGGGACAGAGACUUUGGGGAUUGAUCUGCUAUAGAUAUGUAGGGAUUAGGGCUCUUAAAUUGACCGUAUUACCGCCACACCGGCGCCAUGAGUCAUAAUAAUAAUAAUAAUAUUCUAUUUAGCAGACGCUUUUAUCCAAAACGACUUACAGUCAUGUGUGCAUACAUUUUUACGUAUGGGUGGUCCUGGGGAUCGAACCCACUACCCUGGCGUUACAAGCACCAUGCUCUACCAAUUGAGCUACAGAGGACCACACUGCAGUCAAAUUCCACGGGACCGUUUAGUCACGGUAACUAGGCUUCUCCAAGCUCUGAUGCUGCUGAUGGUCAUUAGUAGCCUACCAAACUUGCUAACUACCUGGUACUCAGCACUCUAUUGUCCCUCUAAUCACUCUGAGGUCAAUGCAAAUGUAAUUGAAAAUGUAAUCAAACACUUCAUGAGAGCCCAUGAGCUCAUGUUGUGCAGCAUUUCUAUAGGCAAUGCAAUUGCGUGAGAAAACAGAGUUUUGAUGGCCUCUAUUAAGCUUUCUAUAGGCUUACUAUAUUUAUUUCUCAACUUUCCUAAUAUUAAGCACAUUGCUUCUCUUUACAACAGGAGUAUAGCCUAACUGGCUGGCAUGAAAAUGAACGACGGGAAAAGCAUCUUCCAUUUGCUAUUUCAUUGCAUACAGUGGCUCGCAAAAGUAUUCACCCCCCUUGGCAUUUUUCCUAUUUUGUUACCUUACAACCUGGAAUUAAAAUUGAUUUUUGGGGGAUUGUAUCAUUUGAUUUACACAACAUGCCUACCACUUUGAAGAUACAAAAUAUUUUUUCUUGUGAAACAAACAAGAAAUAAGACCAAAAAAAACAGAAAACUUGAGCGUUCAUAACUAUUCACCCCCCCAAAGUCAAUACUUGUAGAGCCACCUUUUGCAGCAAUUACAGCUGCAAGUCUCUUGGGGUAUGUCUCUAUAAGCUUGGCACAUCUAGCCACUGGGAUUUUUGCCCAUCUUCAUUGCAAAACUGCUCCAGCUCCUUCAAGUUGGAUGGGUUCGCUGGUGUACAGCAAUCUUUAAGCACAGAUUCUCAAUUGGAUUGAAGGGGGGGGAUGAAUACUUUUGCAAGGUACUGUAGAUGACAUGUAUUUUUUUCCCCUGCCCCUGUUUUGAGACAGGUGCAUGAUAAUGGUCCAUUCUAAAUCAAAACAAAUUUCACACAUAUAUUAUUUAGUAUAUGUAAAGAGAAGAUUAAAUCAAGAAUAGUCUGAUGGGUGACAAUAUUAGUCUAUCACUUGUGAAUUAUAUAUUAUCACUUGUGAAUGAUGCCCAGGUUGUGUGCAGUAAGGCAAGAAACAGCACAUUCCUUUUUUUGGUGACUUUUUCAAAUCAUAGUCGCACACCUCAUGUAGCCUAGCCCAUAGGCCUAUAUGUUUUGCUAAGAUUUGUAUCACAACUAAAGUGGCCAGAUAACUUCUUAAAAUUAAGCACAUUAAUCCGCUUUACAACGGGUGUAGAGCCUAACUGGCAUACAUAGGCAGCGGGUGAGUUUCAAGUUUGGGAAGAUAAUCUUCACCAUAAAAAUGGACCUUUAUAAUAAAGCAUUACAUGCAUAAUCACAUUUUUGAGAAUGGUGUUUUCCCGCUAAUUGAUUGCAUUUUGGAACAUUCAUGCUUAUAGCCUACUGCCGUGUGCGCAUUGCUGUGCUUAUAAUGUGAAGAAAUAGCCUAAUACUGUAGUUUAUCAACAUUUUAAGAUAAACGUUCUGAUCUGCUGCAUAAGCCUCAUUGCUUUUCAAAAAAAAAAAUUAUGCUAGUGGUUGUAUUAAUUUGGGAUCUAUCGCAUCCCACAACUCUCCCAGAGUAUGUUUGGAAUAUUUAUUUAUUGCACAGAAGGACAAGUUGACCAAUAGAAUAGGUCAACUUUCGUACUAUGGGGGAUAGUAGAUUGACAUAAGCUAGUGCUUUUGCUGUUUGUUAGGCCUACUCAUCUUGUUGGCUGACAAAAAGUAAAUUUGAACAGUUCUUCUAACAUCUUCAAUAUGCGGCUAUGAAUUUGAUAAGGACGCCUGCAGUUGUGUCCCCGAUGUAUCUCUCUUCACUUGUAGCCUGUGAGAAGGACUCGAGAUGCUGUGAGAAGGACCCGAUCACAUGACGGGCAUUGGCUAAUAAGAAUUGAGAUAUCUGAGCGAGCCAUGUGAGUGAGAGGUGCUUCGGAGCACGCAGCCAGGAGAAGGGAAUUAUAAUUAUUAUAUUCAGCACAAGGGCACCAUGGCCACUGGCUGCAAUAGGCAUGGAUCUUUUUUAAGGGGGCAUUACGGCAACACAAAGGGGAUGCCACCGGGAAAUUCGAGGCAUUAUCAAGUGCUUGUCAUAUUGUGAAUGAGAGACUAAUGAAGUGUGUGCAGCCUGCGCAAAAACUAAGUAGAGCUCAUGCCUUUCAUGCAACCUUUUUCACAUCAUCAUUAGAGUCGCAUCAUAGAAUGUAUUAAAAAUCUAAACAUAUAGCCCAACGUUUGUAUCACAACUAAAGUUGCAUAAAUAACUCUAAAUUAAGCAUAUAGGAGGACCUGUUUCUUUGUUAACCACUCAAAACAGAAUAGCCACAUGUGCGCACUCCCUUAAAUCGUUUGGAGAAAAUAUCCUUUCUAUUUUAUUCAGCUAUGUUCAAUUGUAUUAUUCAUACUAUAAAAUAAUAUAAAUAACGCCACAGAAUUUUAAGAAAAUAUUGUCUGCUAAAUGAACUAGUGUAGCCCACAGUCAUAUGGCAUAGCCAGAUCAAGGCCUAACAUAAGGACAACUCAGAGUAUGCUAUUCUGUUCUUCGGAAAUAGACUACAUUUUCCUCAUAUCAUGUUUCUUUAGACCUGUCUAAAAUAAAUAAUGGAUUUAUUGUGAUGGUGUAGGCUAUAUUAAAUGGAUUUAUUAGACUUUUUAAAAUGUAGAUUGUCAUGUCCGUUUAAGGACGGGUCAGACCAAGGUGCAGCGUGAAAUGCGUACAUGUUAAUUUCACCGAUACAACCAAACUAACAAAACAACAAACCAACGAAACGUGAAGUCCUAAGGCUAAACACAAAACAAGCCUACUCACGGAACAAGAUCCCACAACUAAUGCAUGCCAACAGGCUGCCUAAGUAUGAUCCCCAAUCAGAGACAAUGAGCGACAGCUGUCUCUGAUUGGGAAUCACACCCGGCCAAACACAGAACUACAACACCUAGACUGAAACAUAGAAAACACAACAUAGAACACCACACCCUGACUCAACAUAUAAGAGUCCCCUGAGUCAGGGCGUGACAUAGAUGUUCCAAAGGUCUGCAUCAGUGGCUUGUAGACUAUGUGUAGAAGCCAGGAGAUGCUAAGUAUGUUUAUGUUAAUUAAUGGUCUGUUACCGUGAGACCGCCAGUUAUUUGCUUGACAAUCAAUGGCUGACAACAUUUAAUGACCGCCACAGCCCUAGUAGGGAUCUGAUUUGUUAUCAAUAAGGAAACCUAUUGAUAAUUGAAUUACUUGAAUUACUGCAACAGUAUCCAGGGGCAAACAUACUAUCUUCAACAGGCAGGUUUUACAAUGCACAGUGCUAAUGGUUUAUUACUCAGUACUUCAGUUAUAUCACUCUCAGUUACUCAGUAUUUGUAUUUACAUUAUUUGCAUUGUUGAAGAGUAGGGCAUACAGUAAAUCACAGAAGAUGCAUAAUUCAUGUGUUUGUUUAUUAAAGACGUAAUGGGAUUUAAUGGCAAGACAUUCCAGUAACAUUCUAUUAGGCAACACCCACAAGGUGCCAUAAAAUCACUAUUAUUAUUUUAUGUACAUGUCAGCAGUCAUAAAACCAUACUGUGUUGAAUGGGGGCUGUCUGUGAAUUAAUCAUCUGAUAGAAGUGGGGCUUUUGACAGUCUAAUAUUAACAGCCAUUCUCAUCCAUUUCUCUUUCAUGGCCUGAUGGCACUUAAUGGACAUUUGUUGACUGUAAUAUUAAACCAUGUGCUUUGAGGAACAUUGCAUAUGCAUGGAGGCAUCUCUUGUUUACUUAAAUAAUGAAUUACUUGUACACAGAGCUGUUACUCAUAAAUGUACGAGUCAAAGUGAUCUAAUUACCUUUAGUUAAGAUUACAGAGAUGAUGACUGUGAUGAGCACAUUAAAAAGAGUAAAAUAUAGCCUAGCAACUGUAAUGUAUUGCAACACUGUGGCCAAUUGCCUGUGUAGUUUGACAGAGGCACACUACAUAAGACUGGCUAUCUACUCCAUAUCUUCUAUCUGAGUGUUACCAGGAUGGCCCAUUGACCUUAUAGUCGGGGUGCAGGUUAGUUAGUAUUGAUACCUCUCUGUGUUUUUGUCCCCCAAGGUUGAAAAAGGAGAAUUUUGGCCCUCAUGACUGGCACUCCAUGCCGGUGUCGGGGUCUCAGACGUGGUUGGUGGUGCCGGGUCUGGAGCCCAGGACAGAAUACCAGUUCAGCGUCCUGGCACAGAACAAGCUGGGCACAGGCCCUUUCAGCGAGGUCGUGACGGUUAACACAGUAGGUAGGUGGCACCAGCACCAGAACAGCCGCCUACACUAGACUGAUACUGUAAGCCUGUACUGUAGAUACCUAGAAUAGACUCUUUGGAAUGCAUGUUUUUUUAAGGAAACUCUAUAGCUUAUGUUAUGCCUUAACUUGAACUACAACGGAUUUGUAUUUAGAUGUUUGCACAUCAGUGUGUCCAUUUUAGACAAGUCAUGUUGAUUCUGUAUGCUCACAAUAUCAUUGGAACAACUGCUCUCUAGAGCCAUCUUCUAAAAUGCAGUUUGUAAUUGCUCUCACCAUCUUCCGUUUAUCUCUGAUUGAUCAAAUGUGCAUGUAUGGGUUUGUUAUGGCUGUUUGAAUAGUAUGAAUUGGUUAACUUCCUUCUAAAACUGGUCUGUUCUCUUGUCCCCUUAGUGUCUCCCCUGAGUACCCCUGAACCACAGGUACUUCUUACUCCACCACGGUGCCUCACAGCCAAUCGCACACAGCACGGCGUCCUGCUCACAUGGCUCCCGCCAGCCAAUCACUCCUCGCCUGUCGACCGCUACAUCAUGGAGUUCCGUCUCGGGGAGAGGUGGGAGGUCCUCGACGAUCUGAUCCCUGCCGCUGAGACUGAGCUGAUGGCCAGGGACCUAGUCCAGGUAAAGGACCGUACAUACCUCAAUGUAUAAACAAUGCUGUCUGUUUAUAGUGACAACUGUCGAUGUGUAAUGACUGUUCAUUAGAGUGUCAUAAACUGUCUAUAAGAUAAUAAUAAACACUAUAUAAAUCCUUCUAAGUAUACCUUCAUGUAAAGUGUUACCGCUAUUAUUUUGCUGAUGGCAGUUGUUUUGGGGUAAUGACACCUUUAUUUUGAGACAGUGGUUAUGCUGAGGUGAAUUGGACUGUGCUUGUGUUAUGUGUGUGGAAUGGACAGUGGAGGAGUGUGUUGUCUUGUGUCCCUGGCAGGAGUCCUGGUAUGAGUUCAGAGUCAUGGCCGUCAUGGAUGACCUCAUCAGUGACAGCAGUAAUGUGGUGGGAGUGUCCAGCACAGGUAAGUGUUACACCUAAUAUAUUACACACCUCAAUUCAGAAAUAUUCAAAUAAUAUUCCCAGAUUGCUACAAUGAGAUAUAAUAUUUUCAAAUGCUGCUGAUAUGUCACUCCAUUAAAUCCAUUUACCUCCAUGAGAUUGGUUCAUGAUUUGAAUGUGAAGUUCAUGUUUUGAAGGUGAAGUCCAUUUCCACCCCCCCCCCAUUUCUGAACCCCUGGGUACCUCUUCCGCCUCAGAUCCCUUCCCCCCUACGGAGGUGACUGAAGAGGGGUUGGCACGGCCCGUGGUAGCGGGCGUCGUGGCAACCAUCUGCUUUCUGGCGGCUGCGGUGCUCUUCAGUACUCUAGCAGCCUGCUUCGUCAACAAACAGCACCAACGCAAACUAAAACGCAAACCAGGUAUGCCUCCACUUCUUCUAACUUCUGUCUAACUUCUACUGUCCAUUCUCUGGUCUUGGUUGAAAUCUCUAAAUCUCUGUUUUGUCUCUUCUAAGACCCUCCCCUGUCUGUAACACACUUCAGGAAAAGCAUUGACUCACCGUAAGUACUAAAAACAAAACCAGAGAGUUUAAAAAACAGGAGCCAACCUUUUGAGCUCAUAUGCCGAUUCACAAUGCAGUAGUCACUGGAUUAAAUUUAGAUGCAACAAUAACUCCUAUUUACCUGUUUUAAGGGUUAUUGUUAUUGUCUCGGUUCGCUUCACUCCUGUUGAGUACCAUCUGUCAGGGCAGGGUAGCUUUGCUAGAGAUGAGUAUAGUUUGGAUGUACUCUAUAUAUACAAAGUAUGUGGACACCCCUUCAAAUUAGUGUAUUUGGCUAUUUCAGCCAAACCUGCUGCUGACAGGUGUAUAAAAUCGAGCACACCGCCAUGCAAUCUCCAUAGACAAACAUUGACAGUAGAAUGGCUUUACUGAAGAGCUCAGUGACUUUCAAUGUGGCACCGUCAUAGAAAGCCAUCUUUCCAACAAGUCAGUUCGUAAAAUGUCUGCCCCGCUAAAGCUGCCCCGGUCAACUGUAAGUGGAAACGUCUAGGAGCAACAACGGCUCAGCCGCGAAGUGGUAGGCCACACAAGCUCACAGAACAGGAUCGCGGAGUGCUGAAGCGCGUAAAAAUCGUCUGUCCUCGGUUGCAACACUCACUACCGAGUUCCAAACUGCCUCUAGAAGCAACGUCACCACAAGAACUGUUCGUCGGGAGCUUCAGGAAAUGGGUUUCCAUGGCCGAGCAGCCGCACAAAAGUCUAAGAUCACCAUGCGCAAUGCCAAGCGUCAGCUGGAGUGGUGUAAAGCUCGCCGCCAUUGGACUCUGGAGCAGUGGAAACGCGUUCUCUGGAGUGUUGAAUCACGCUUCACCAUCUGGCAGUCCGAUGGACGAAUCUGGGUUUGAUGGAUGCCAGGAGAACGCUACCUGUCUGAAUGCAUAGUGCCAACUGUAAAGUUUGGUGGAGGACGAGUAAUAGUCUGGGGCUGUUUUUCAUGAUUUGGGCUAGGUCCCUUAGUUCCAGUGAAGGGAAAUCUUAACGUUACAGUAUACAAUGAUCCUAGACGAUUCUGUACUUCCAACUUUGUGGCAACAGUUUGGGGAAGGCCCUUUCCUGUUUCAGCAUGACAUUGCCCCCAUGCACAAAGCGAGGUCCAUACAGAAAUGGUUUGUCGAGAUCGGUGUGGAAGAACUUGACUGGCCUGCACAGAGCCCUGACCUCAAACCCAUCGAACACCUUUGGAAUGAUUUGGAACGCCGACUGCUAGCCAGGCCUAAUCGCCCACAUCAGUGCCCGACCUAACUAAUGCUCUUGUGGCUGAAUGGAAGCAAUUCCCCCCAGCAAUGUUCCAACAUCUAGUGGAAAGCCUUCCCAGAAGAGUGGAGGCUGUUAUAGCAUCAAAAGGGGGGACCAACUCCAUAUUAAUGCCCAUGAUAUUGGAAUGAGAUGUUUGACGAGCAGGUGUCCACAUACCUUUGGUUAUGUAGUGUAUAUUGUGUGUAUGUCAAGGGUUUGGAGAGAGGUCUAUGUUAAAAGGAAUUGGAUGUGUUGACUUGUUGGAAUAGCUAGAUGGUCAAGUUAAUGAAAAUGUUCCAGUUGUUUAUAUCAGAAUAGUGAAGUCUGGUCCUCUUGUGACUCCAUGAUGGUCCCUCCUGUGUUGUGUGGAGGUUUGGCUUAGUUGACAGAUGACCGUGGCCCAUGUCAUUUGUGUGUCUCCCACCGCAGGCCUCCUCUCACCCCCUUGCCCGGGGUAGAGCCCUGCUGGGACGUGCCAGCCAGGAGCAGCUUCAUGCCCCCACCAGCCAGCUCCCUGUGAGUGCUUAGCUGCAUGCACCAUACCACAGGGUGUGUUGUGCUGUACUACGCUAUGCUGGCUUGGCUACAUGGAUAAUAUAUGCAUUUUAUAGAUUUGAUUUACUUAGUGCUCCGCUGGCCUAAAUGCAUGCACAAUAUACUGUAUAUGCACUGUAUAGGGAUUUGUGUUUGCGUUGGCUCAGCUGCAUGUACAGUACUGUGUAUAUGCACUCUAUAGUUUACUGUGUUGUUUACAGUGCUGCUCCUGGUGUGUGGCAAAUAGAAAAGAAGGCAUGGUUGGAUGUCAUCUGCUUUUUUCUUAUGCCAUAAAAGCAUUUGGCACAGCAUUUGUCCCCAACAAGACAAAUGGGCCUCAGUUUUUGCCCAAGAGCGAGUAAAAUAAUAUCUGUGAGAUGGUUGUCAUGGCUGCUUGGUAACGGUUCCUUUCUCAUACUGUCGCCGUGGCUACAUUCAUUAGCUUCAAUGCUAGCAGAAUGCACUGGAUACUAUCAUAAUGCAGAGGUUGAAUACAAAUAAAACAGGUGUAUUUGCUUUGACAUGGUACCAUGUCUUUGGGUUUUCUCAUCUGUCUAGCAUAGUAUUGAUGCAUACUGUGGAUAAUAUGCUAUUUUACACACAAUUAGGCUAUUUAUUGAUUAAUAACUGCUGUUUAAGGGGUUAAUUAUGAAGCCAUCAUGUUUGAGUGUCUGUCUCUGUGUUGGUUGUCUCUGACAGGCUGUCCUCUGGGAAGAUCAGUCCAGAGAGCUCCCCUCCCGCCUCGCGGCCCCAGUCCCUGUCCUCAGAUGGGGCCCACGGCCCGGGCCUGUAUGUCAGGAGACUGCCCAGCCCUCAGAGAGACAAGGACAAAGAGCUCUCCUUCUACAAGAAAACCAAGCGUGCCAUAGCCAGCAAGAAGUACAGCGUGUCCAAGCACGAGGCAGAGGUCACCAGCCCCAUCGAGCUGAUCAGCCGCGGUCCCGACGGCCGUUUCAGUAUGGCCAGCCCGCCAUCAGCCCACCGCCGCAUCCAGGGCUUCCCGUUCGCCGAGGAGUCUGACAUGUACCCCGAGUUCCGGCAAUCCGACGAGGAGAAUGAUUUUGACCCCGGGCCCCUGCCCCCGAUCAUGGCCACGCUCCGACCACAGCUCUCCCCAACAUCUUCCAGCCUGGAGUCCACGCAGCCCCCCAACUACAGCCCCCGCCUCCACAGGCCCAUGGAAGGUAUGAGCUUUGUGGAGGGCAGUGGGCAUCAUGCUGCAGGGCAGGCCCCAGCCUCCCGCUACAGGGACUUUCCCCAGGUCCCCUUCUAUGGGUAUCUAGGCAGCCACGGGGAAUCGGGAAUUCCGCCACCUUUUUACAUGCCUUACAUCAGUCCGCGUAGCUCCGCUCUGUCCUCCCCCCCAGGCACUGCUGACGGGGGGCCCUACGGUUAUCCCUCCAUCCCGGAGGAGAGGGAAGAGAUGGAGCUCCAUCAUCAGUACACUGCCUCUGGCCAUUCCCUCCCACAUCCACAUAGCCCUACCCCUCGCUCCCCUCGCUCACCUGACAGCUGGCAGCCUCACGAGUUCCCCUUCCUGGGUCUGGAGGGGCCCCGCUUCGUUUAUCCACCUCACCAUCCCUUACAUCCUCACCAGGACCUUCCCGACCCUCCACCGUACCCCCCUCUCCACUCUCUUCCCCCCAGCCGCCUGCACCUCCCCAGCCCUCGGCUCCUGCAGUUGGAGGUCCCCAUGGCUCCACAGGGCAGAGACCGACCCCCAGGCCCUCCAGCUAGGCGCUUAGCUAUGCAACAGGCCCAGAGUCUCGGCCAGCUCAGACACACAUCCCACGGUGUGGGUGUACCAGUGUUGCCUUACCCUGACCCAGCAGCCUGUGCAGGGAGCCCAAGCACAGCCCCUAGCAGCAGCCCCCAAUCCUGGCUCAGCCCGAGGUCAGGGCGUAGGACAGACCCCUCCCUACCCCCGCUGGUCCUCCAGCCCUCCCACCUAUCCCCCCUUUCCCAGAGCCCCCUUAGCACCCAGCCAGGUUCCCCGGAUAUCCUAGUCCGCCCCCCACCCCACCCCAGCAUCCUCCGCACCUCCCGCUCUCUGGAGAUGCCUGAGAUCACCCUGCACCCCCAAGCCACCGUCAGUUUCUCCCAAAGGUCCUCCCUGGCCUCCUCCCCCACCCAGGGCCAGCAGGGAAGCAGCAGGCCCAGCCCCAGUUACCGCCCCCACAUGUCCUAUGCCUCCACAGCAGCCAGUUACCCCUCCCAGUCCCCCUCUCCCCCCUUGGAGGGCAGGGAUGUGUUCGGGCAGUGGCCGUCCCAGAGGAGGACAGAGGAGGAGAUGCUGCCCUCAGAGCCCUCCCAGCUCCAGAUAUCCGCCUCAGGGUAGGUGACCUACACCGGUCCGGCAGGGACAGCAACACACUAACUAAAGCACAAAACAAACUUCUCCAACCUGGGCACUCAAUUCUAAAUGUAUCCCCAGUUUAUAGAAUAUGAUGUAAUGUUUUACUUUUGGCAUACCAAUAAUGCAUAUUUAGGCUUUAUAUGCAGAAAGCAUGUAUUUGCAUUUGACACAUAUCUGAUCAGUCAUAAACAAGUUAUUAAUUGAAAUGUUAUCAAUAGACCCAUUUGAAUCAGGGCAAAUUAGAAAAUUCAUACUUUUAAAGUGUAGGUUUCACAUAAAAAGUCCUGAUUUACACAUUUUGUAAUUUAACCCUAGAACAAAGACACAUCUGAAGAUAUUGAUAUUGAUCUUUGAAUUCUGUAAUUGUUAUUUAUAAGAUAUUUUUGUUUUUCUCUGUAUGGCGACUCAUUUUCGGAAGAAAGGGUGAUUUGUAACUGCCAUAGUUCACAGAAAAUACUGUUUGCUAAAGAAAAUGUUGGCAGAAAACCUAACCAAAUACUUUAGUAAAACGUUACAAUUGCAUUAAGAUGCAAUCUGCAACAAAGGAUUUCAGGUGGAAGACAUGGGAUCUUUGAGCGAAUGCUUCACUAAAUAAUUAACUAGCAUAUACAGUAUUUUUUAUUGAUUGGAAACUCUGAAUACUAGUGAGGUAAUAUUUAUUCUUACAUGUUUAGUUGAUUUCCUUGUAUUAUUGCCCACCUAUGACAUCUCAUCAGAGGCUUUCCUGUUUUUUAACUGGUGGUAAAUGAUACUGUAGCUAAACUAAAAGAUUACGAUUGAGUGAGACCUACACUUUAACUUUAAAGGUUGAGUGCCUUCUACCGCUCAAAUGAAAUAUGAAAUGUACAAGGUAGCAAAAUUAUUUUCACGAUAUUCAGCAUCAUUAUUGCCCAGAUAAGCUUUCUAUUUCAGGAAUGAUCUUCACACAUUUGAAGGCCAAAGCAGAUUUUACUGCACCUCUGAUGUUUAUGGCCAAAAACAAAACAUGUUUUAACCUGAGACCAUUUGGACUACUUGAUAAUCUCUAUUAUUAUCUAUUACACCCACAUAGUCAUACAGUACAUGCUCUGCAGGACAAUAGGAGACAUACAAGAGAGCAAUAUACCUGAGGCGCAUAUAAUCCUCCCCUUUUCUCUGUAUACCUACAUGCUUCUCCCCUUCCCCCUCACACCCACCUCCUACCUUUCUGAAUCCCAGGGAUUGCCAGGUUAGUGUAAGCGGCCACGCUCUUUUUCCACCCCUUUACAAUGUCAUGGUCAUAUGGGCAAGUAUAGAGUAGGGCUGCUGGUUUGUACAGUGUGAGGGCUCAGGGGUCUUACCUCAUCUGUUUUUGAUUGAUCUCAGCUAUCUGGGCAGCGUUGUUGUGAGCCGGUCCCCUACGCCGCAAUAGGUAAGGGUCGGACCCAUGUCUGAGAGGGGAGGCGUCAGCAGGGGAGGGCUCUAAUCACUCUCUCCUUUAAAGGGGAAUCGCUGACUUUGGGUUGAGCCUCUUUACUGGAUUCAAGUUUACUAGCUCUAAUGCUAACUGCUAACAUACAGGUUACAUUUUCUACAGUUCCUUGGCACAACAUGCCUGCUGUCACGCACAGUGAUUAGGCUGGUGAGCAAUAUUAGGAGCUGUUUUGGACUGUGGAGCAGUAUUUGAAAUACAGGCACAGUUUCCCUGCACUAAAAAAAGCCUUGAAUCAAUAGAGGACCCAGAUUACUGAUAGACUGGAGUAUUCCCCUUUAAAGUGUUGUUCCAUGUGCAAAAUGCCAUGCAUGCCUUCUCUAAAUAUCUAUUUUUUGACUCAAACGAAUAACAAUGAUUCUCAAGACUAAUUUCUUCUUCACAUUCGUCGUCUUAAAUGCUUUCGUUUCUGUCAUGUGACUGUUUUUAAUGGCCAUUUCCUCUUCCUGUCAUGUGACUGUUCUUUAACGGCCAUUUCCUCUUCUUGCCAUCUCCUCCCGUCAGCAUGGUGAAGCCUCUGUACACAGUGUUCAUGUUGAUGAAAGUGUGCUGUACAGUGUUCAUGUUUUAUGGAAAUGUACUGUAUCUAACUCACUGUGGCCCCUGCACACAGUAUUUGGGAUUAUGAAAAUGCUACUGUAUUAAUCUAACGAGGAAUGCAUUAAUUCUCAUAUUUGUCUCCCCUUUCUGCUAAUGGCUCUCAAUCUCUCUCUCUACAGUGACACUAUGAAGGACAACACCUCUAAAGCUGUGUGUUCCUACAGUAUGCCUUUUGAAACAAUAUGUUUUGGCAGAAUCACUUGACUUUACUCGUCGAGUCGAGUCAGGUUUUGAAGCUGGUGUAUUCAGUCAUUUAAUGGCAACAAACAUUUAAUCUCAUGAAAAUGAACGUAAAUGUUUGGUGUUGAUGAGGUUAUUUUGGGUCUUAUUAUCAUUAUUUGCAUCUUUCUAUGAUGGACUGCAAAACAACAGUAUUCAUUAUGAGGUAAAAGUACAUUUAAAAACAGAUACCUUUCUGUGUAAAGCUCAUCAACGCACCUCAAUUUGACAUGGAUUUACAAUUAGCCAAUGAUAGAUACUGCUCAUCUAUAACCCUUAAAAAUAUGUUCAGUAUUAGGGUGAUUUUGAAUGAUAUUUCACUCAUAAAAUGAAAAGAAUCCACAUAGAGCUAUCAAAAGAUGAGAAUCCUCUUUGUUGCCCCACUCAUCAAAACAGACAAGCCAUAGAUUCUCACUGUAGAGCAAGAGGAGCAACUCAGUAACUAUAGAAACUGAAGCCUUUCUUAUGAAAACUGUUAUUACAAGUACAGUAUAGAGAUUAUUUUCAUUUUAUGGGUAUCUGAAUGUGACAAAAUAUUGACGUAUUCCUUCAUAAUUGUUUUGAGAAUUAACACAGUUCAUCCCAUAGUAUUUUAUUAAUUCCUCACAAUCUAAAGCCAAUGAAUUUCUCACCAAAUCAUCAGUUUAUUUAUCGUUCAAUAUUACAGAGCCUUUCGGAAUCAAUGUCCUCCUGAAUGCCAAUCUGACUAAUCACUGAGAGGAUAGCGCUCCCCGGUGGUGGGUUAAAGUAAAGCAUGUGGAUUGUGCCUCUCUCCUCCUCUUUCUAGGGAACCUCUAGGUGCGUCUAGUGAUCCUGCCGGGUCUGAGAGCUUACAAGCACUGCUACACCACUGUAUUACUAAAGCCAAGAGAGUGGCUGCCAACACCAAUAACAACUCCACUUCCAGGAGAAGAACAGGUCAGUCUCUGAACUAAAGAAUAAGCCACUGGCCACCACACAACUGUUAGAAGAACCAAAAAGAACAGCAUUUAGUGGCUUCACAACACUUAGAUAAGUCUGGGACCAUUCUAAAUGCCUCGCUGUGGUAUCCUCAAUAACACUACCUCUCCCUCCCUAGGUGUGUCUCCCUCUCAGACCCAGCAGCAAUCCCAGACCCCCUCCGCUCACAAAGAAGAUCUCUACCUCCACAGGAAGAGGAAAAGGCAGAACAGGAAAAACCGAUAUCUCUUUUUAACCUCCCUUCUGCGCCGCAGCAGACGCUCUGAGGAGGACCAGGCAGCCAUCCUGGCCAGUACAGACUCAGACAGGCCCACCUACGGGACUCUACACUGA